GUGAUAUUCAAGAACACUAUUCAUGAUAAAAGCAAAGGUAUAAGGUAAGAGAUAAUGCGUUUGCUUGCAGUUAAUGUUAUUUUUCUUGUCCAGUAAUGGUUAAAACAGAAUAUUCAAGUGAAUGACUGGUUAGCAUUAGUAAUGACUAUAAUUGUUGAAUAGCAUUAGAAAAGCUUAUUUCAUACAACGUGCUUGUACAGCAAUUGGGAAAAAAAACUAUUCUUUCACAAAGUACAAAGUGUGUGACUGGCAAGGCUGAACACUGUGUUUUAGUUGUAAUAAUAUAUGCCACUAUAAACUGAGUGAUUAUAAGGUAAAAGCAGACUUUGUUUACUGGUGGAGCAGAAAUUGGUCAUUUUCAAAUGCAGGCAUAUUAAAAAAGACAAUUAACACUAAAAAUAUUAAAGAUAAUUAAGAAAGAAAAUAUAACUAAAGAAUAGAAGAUUAGAAGAAAAGUAGGGCGCAAGGUUUUUUUUUGGGGUGCCCAUGCACAUAAUGCAUAAUAUAGGGCCAAAUGCUACUCCCUCUCCUAUUUUGGCUCCCACUUGCAAAUUGUAUCAGUGUGGGUUAGUAGGUUAUCUAGCUGAAGACAAAAAUCACGUACUUUAGUUGUGUUUGUGUAAACCUCCAUACCAAUGGAGCAAAAAUGUGAUUUCUUUAAGUUGUGAUUUUUAGGUAAUAGGUAGAAGAUAAAAUACAUUAUAUUUAGACUGAUAAAAAAUCUAAUUUGUGACUAAUAAUAAAAUAUUUGCUUUCUGAAAAGAAAAUAAUAUACACUUGUUAUGUGCUGCAUAUGUUUAUGAAACCUGUUGUACAUGACUAUAAGAAGUGGUAGAAUCUACCAUGUUGAAGAAUGUCUAGGAUGUUCAUAAGACCACAUUCCUUCACAGUGAAAGAAUUUUGCAUGCAAAUAGAACACAUAUUCCUAAUCUUUUUCUGCAGUAAAUGCAGUUUGGGCAAAGUAUUUAGAGAUAUAUUUUUUUUUUUGAGAAAUGAACACUAAGCUUUAUUUAUUUUUAGAGACUCUUGUCCUCGACAAUAGUUUGAAGUCCUUGGUACUGUGUGAUCACCUUUUAAUUGCUUCUUUGCAGUUGUCAUACAUAAACUCCACAUCUGUUCUUCAGACCCUGUUACAAAGUGGAUCAGUAAUCAGUGCUGAGAGUUCCAUUCAUGUUUGUUCUCCAGGGUAACAGUUUAUCGCAAAGCUGAUCAAUUUCACCUCUCAUUAUCAAAGGAACAUGCCGUUCAUUCCAGAUUGAAUUAAUGGUGCCAUAGUAAGACACAUACAGUACCAUUUAGUUAACCUUGAAUACAUUUCUGUUCAAUUUAAUAGAAGUUAAUGCGCUUGGAAAUUUGUAUAAGCGAAAGUAACGUGCUAACGUAGUAAGAUGAUAAGGAGAUUUCUGUAACCCCAACGACCUACGUUAAUGAAACUGGAGAGACAGUUUUGUGACGAUAAGAAAAACACAUGCAAAAUAGAUUGAGAACUAAAACUCUUAGCAUCAAGAGUGUGCCAAAUUGGUUUGCAAAUAAAUAAAUAGACAAUGGUCAUUUGGGGAAUUUUUAGAACGUUGAUUGGAUUCUUUUGAAAAAAUGAAUAUUUGCUAGAUAUGGGCAUAACAUUUUAGUUUGUUAAAGGUGCAGAUCAAGACACAACAGAUCGGUUUUGAUCAGAUAUCCGGUGAGCUUUGACACACUAUAUAAGAAAUAAAUAUUAUAUUACUAUUAUUUAGUAUUAACAACAUUGUGACAAUAAUGAGUUAGUGAAUCAGUUGGUUGCUAGUUGCCGGCAAAUUUUCCAAUCACACGUGUACUGGGCUUAUGUUACAGUCCAUUUUAUUUUGAACGUGUAUGAUACAGUUAAAAAAAUAUAUAUACUGUAUAUUGCAGUACUUCUUGCUAUUUAUAUUUUUUCACAGCUAUAAGCAUAUGCAAACAAUUAAUUUCUGCUCUACCAGCAACAUGAAUACACAUUAUUUGUUUUGCUUUACAUUACAAUGUAAAAUUAAGUAUAUUAAAAUAACCAUCAUUUUAAACCUUGACUCCUGGACUGUUCCUCAUCCAGAUAAGAAACAAACUAGUAAGUCAGAGCUUUGUUCAAUUUCCCUGCUUUGUGCAAAAGGGGUGAUUGCCAAACCCCCUCUCCAGCAUUACAUAUCAACAUACAUAAUUUAAUGACAGUACUUUUCUUUAACUGAGUCCAUAUAGACAAGGGAGUAAAAAUGAGCACUGCUGUAAUCGUUUUCUAUGAACUUUGAAAUGUUGAACACUGUUUUAGUCAAACACAUGUAUUUACUGUAUGUGGAUAUUGUUCCACCAUUCAAUUAUCCUUAUGUGUUCUUCUUUGCCAUUUUUGUUUCAUUUAAGGUACACAAUAUAGUCUUUAAUGUUUUCCAAAUAAUAAAAAAAAAACACCUACAUCCAUGGGUUGAAAGUGUUAGCAUGCCAAUGAAAUCAGUUUAGUAGUUUUGUCUGAACCAUAUGUACAAUGUGAGUACUCACUGUUCUGGAGUUCCAUAGGGUUAGGUCAGUCCCAGAUAAUAAAAGCAUAAAUGUAUACAGGGAAAGCUAAAUAUAAGAUCCAUAUAUUUUAUUCACCCCAUAUGGCUAUUAAAAUCCCAAAUACAUAACGGAAAAGUGCAACCAUGCUUAAAUCAUAUCAAAGUGCCUUUUAAUAGUUCAAACCUUAAGCUUGACUGCCACUGUCUACUCGUUUUCAUAGUCUUUAAUAGCCCAAUGGGGUGGAUAGACUACAUGCAUUUUAUAUUUUAGUCUUGUUCCUGUUUAUAUUUAAUAUUUUCCACCCCACAUUCUGCAAAUGUACAUAAUUUAAAUUUUUAGAUAUCCUUGAUUGACCAUAUCUUGAAAUGUAUCAUGUGUUGUCCUUAAUAUUGUGCUAACCAUGUAUCCCUUUUUCCAAACAAAUGUUACAUACAUAUUUAUAUAUAUAUAUAUAUAUAUCUAUAUAUAUAUAUAUAGAUAUAUAUAUAUCUAUAUAUAUAUAUAUAUAUAUUUAUGCGCGCGUGUGCGUGUAUGCAACAUUUAUUUGGAAAAAGGGAUACAUGGUUAGCUAUAAUCCUACUCAUCUGCUAUAAAUUGGUUUGCAAUUAGAAGCCAGACUGAGUAAUUUAUUGCUUAGUAGUAAAAAGGGAUAGAAAAUAGCAAAAAGGGAUAUAUAUAAAAGGGAUAUAGAUAUAUAUAUCUCCCUUUUUACUACUAAGCAAUAAUAUUAAAAUACUCAGUCUAACUUCUAAUUGCAAACCAUGUUAUGUCAAAUGAGUAGGAUUACUAGAUAGCUGAGCCCUACAUGAAAAAUAUGUACUCUGCCCCUUUCAAAUUUCAUUACAUAUAUGUUAUACACACAUACACACACACACACACACACACAUAUAUGUUUCCCUCCUCCAGAUACAUAUCACUUUUUCACAAUUAUUUAAUAUAAAAAAACCUAACACAUUUAGUCUGCCCAUUAAUUUUCAGAGAGAUUUAUGGUUUUCAGAUAAAGUUUAUGCAAACCUCUAGCAUUUAUUUUCUAACUGUUAUAGGCUUUACUGCUUCUCAUGGAAUUUUGUUCCAUGUAUAUACUAGAUUUUCUGUAAGGUAGUGUUGAGUCACAUCGACCAUACUUCCACCAUAGAGAGAACGAUUAAAUUUAUACUAAGAAUUUAUUUAUUAUAAAAUACUGCUCAGCUGUAUUUCCUUGCACACAAUGUAGACCGCACACACAAUCUUAAACCUGAGAUUUUCUAGGAAAACACACUUCCAUUUGCUGUUGGCAUAUAUCAAAUACCUGGUAAUGCACCCCCUGGGUCUCGCUUUCUUGUACGAGCUAAACUGACACUCAACCCAACAACCUUAACCUUGGUAAUUGCUUGAGUAGUCGAGUAUUUACAAUGACUGGGAUUGUUCUCAGGUAUUGAGGUAUUUUGAUAAAAGCAAGAUGCUUUUGAAAUGGAAAGUCAAUGGAAAGGAAUUUGCAUUGGACAAUCGCUAGUUCUCAAGUUCUAAGACGUUAAAAUGCUGCUGAACUCUACUACGAAACAUCUGAACUUUCUACCUUUUAGGUAUUGUUGUGUUUAUGGCACAGGUUUGUUACAUAGCAUUUCCUAUUGUAAUGCCGACGCUAUGAUCUUCUUCUAGAUGUACAUGCAGAUGAAGGUCCAUAUUUCACUUGCAGGGCUGGAGUUCAGAAAUGGUCAAAUUCAAUGAAAUAGCUAUUGUUCUGAUUACAAAAGGAAAUGGUUUCAUUGCCCUAGAAAGUACACUAUUCAUUACAGUGUACGCUGAAUUCUUGAAAGAGCACUUCUCAGAAUUUCUUCACGUUUAACAUAUGAAUGUUUGCAAAUUAUUUACUGGUUUAAGACAGCAACCUAUACAUAGCAAGACACUAAAUCUCCAUCUCACACAUUUGUAUUUUGAGUUCUUUCAUGGAUCUCUGUAAAUUCAAAUAUUAACCCCUUAGUGACCAGGCCGUUUUUCAAAAUUCUUGCCGCUGGGACCAAGGCUCUCUUUACAUUUCUGUGGUGUUUGUGUUUAACUGUAAUUUUCCUCUUACUCAUUUACUGUACUCACACAUAUUACAUAUUGUUUUUCUCGCCAUUAAAUGGUCUUUCUAACGAUACCAUUAUUUUCAUCAUAUCAUAAAAUGUACUAUAAAAAAUAUAUAUAAAAUAUGAUGAAAAAAAACACACUUUUUCGAACUUUGACCCCCAAAAUCUGUUACGCAUCUAAAACUGCCAAAAAACCACCCAUGCUAAAUAGUUUCUAAAUUUUGUACUGAGUUUAGAAAUUCUCAAUGUUAGCAUGUUCUUAGCUUUUUUGGAAAGUUAUAGGGCUAUAAGCACAAGUAGCACUUUGCUAUUUCCAAACCAAUUUGUUUUCAAAAUUAACACAAGUUACAUUGUAACACUGAUAUCUGUCAGGAAUCCCCGAAUAACCCUUCACAUGUAUAUAUUUUUUAAAAGAAGACAACCUAAGGUAUUAAACCGGGGGUAUUUUGAAUCUUUUCAUGCAGCCAUUUUACCACCAAUCUAUGCCAAAUUAAAAAAUAAAAAUAAUAAUUGGUCAUUUUUUUGAGACACAUAGCAAUUUAAGAAUAUAUGUACUGAGAACUUUAAGGGUCACUGCCAAAGAACACCCCAAUAUGUAUUCAGCAUCAUCUCCUGAGUACAGGGAUACCACCCAUGUAUAGGUGUGUCGGGUUCUCUGGGGGCUAAAAGACUUUAUUUGGAGGGUGCGCAUUCCAGUUUUCCAACUUGAAUUUUCACAGUAAGUCAUCAUGCACCCAUGUCCCAUUUGGGACAUUUUUGAAGACAAACAAUAUAAUUUACCCCCAUCAAACUAUAUAUUUUUGAAAAGUAGACACCGUAGGUAUUUCAAAUGGUGGUAUUUUAACACUUUCCAUGCACUAAUUCUACCACCAGUCUCUGUCAAACGUUUGGGUAGUCAUUUUGUGUUAUUUUUCACACUUAUUCUACUUUAGGCAUGGAUUCUCAGCUCCUGUUAGGUGUUACUGCCAAAGAACACCCCAAAAUGUGGUAUGUCCAGUCAUUUGUAGUAGCCACUUAGUCACAAACGCUGGCCAAAGUUAGCAUUUUUCUUUGUUUUUUGCAUUUCUUUACACAAAAACUGCACCUUUACUGGUGAUUUCAUCGUCUGAAUACGUUUUACUAAUUUAGAACACUUAUAUUUGUGUUCAACAAUGCCUCCCGAGUAUAACAAUACCCCCAUGUACAGGUUUUAUGGUGUUUUGGAAAGUUACAGGGUCAAUAUAGGGCUUGCCCGAUCUAGUUUGCCAGAUUGGUUUGCUGGACCUUUGUUGCCUUUUGAGACCAUAUGGAAGCCCAGGAAUGUGAAAUAACCCUAUCAUGGCAUACUAUUUUUAAAUGUAAACAACCCAGGGUAUUCCAAAUCGGGUAUUUCCAGUCUUUUGUUGUAGCCACUUAGUCACAAACGCUGGCCUUAAUUAUCAGUUUUACUUGUUUUUGUAUAAAUGUUUUGGUUUUUAAUUUUAUAUAUAUUACGUGCGCGUGUAUAUAUUAUACAUAUAUAUAUAUAUAUAUAUAUAUAUACACACAGACACAAACACACUUUUAUUUCAUAUAUAUGUGUAAUAUAUUAUAAUUAAAUCAUUUUAUAAUAUAUUAUACAUAUAUAAUGCAUCUAUGAUUUCAUCAUAAGUGUAUUUUGAGAUAUAUAUCAAAGUACACUUAUAAUGAAAUCAUAUAGAUGCAUUAUAUAUGUAUAAUAUAUUAUAAAAUUUUGAGGGAUUCCCCUUUCUUGUGCAUUCGUCUAUGUUCGGGGAAAUUUCCCCAACAUAGAUUUGAGGGAUUCCCUGCUCUGGUGCGUUUGUCUAUGUUCAGGGAAGUUUUCCCCAACAUAUACAUACGCACCAGAGCAGGGAAUCCCCAUGACAGCUUGCACUAACGCCUGGUCGUAAGUGCGAGCCGUGGUAAAACAGGUAGGUCGCUAAAUGAGGACCACCUGUUUAUGUAUAAUAUUUUUAUUUUAUUAUUUUUUUAGCAGCCUGGGGGACUGCCUGCCAGCUAAGACAGUUCCCCUGCUGGCAACUCCUAGAGUCCUAUUGCGGUGAUGUGAUCCUGGUGAUCAUAUGGCCAUAGAGGGCCGGGGUGGCUGGAGCUGCUGUAGGGGGACUGCUGGGGUCUCUGGCAGUCCUCCCUGGCCGUGAUCGACGCAGAUCAUCGGUCCAGGGUGUCAUGUAUUCAUCCGCUUAUAAAAAUUUGGUUAAUGGCAUUUACUGUCAACAGAUGAAAAGUUGUGCCGAGCAGCAACCAAAUCCACAGAAGGGUUAAUGCUGAGCAGCAAUUAUGCAAAUGAGAACCUGGUAACUGCCUUUGGGGUCAAAGGCCGGUUACAGCCUAUCAGAUCUAAAGGAGGGGUAUUUAGGCCCAGUUCUCAUCCUGCUCAGUGCCCUGUCGUGGUUUCCCUUGUGGUUGUCCGAGAGCGCGUUAUUUAUUCUGGUAAUUCUGGUUAUUUGACUUUGGCAUUGUUUUUGACUUCCCUGUUUUCUGGCAUCCCUGACUCCUGGCUUUUCACAUGGAAAUGGAGGGGUGGAAGUUUUGAGAAAUGCCGAGAAGGGGAUAUAAAGAGAAGAAAAAAAAUGGUAGGAAGGAUUGUAUAAUGUCAAUAAGAUAUUGGAAACAUGACAUAGGUAGAGAAAAAUUGUAGAUGUCUGAGAAAUAAAUGCUAUCACCCAGGACUAUUAUAAAAGGUGCAAAUUUAACAAUAAAUGAGACAAUUACAAAAUGUUACAUGAACAAUAGGUUGAUGAGGACACUGCUCAAACGAGCUUACAGUCUACAGGAGGUGGGAUAUAAAAAUACAAUAGGAUGGGCAUCAAGGGGGACAGCAAACAAACAAGGUGGGAACAUAUCAGACCUGGAGGUAAGAGUGGAAUGUUGCCCUUUAGGAUGGGUAGAUGGGUUUUGAGAGACAUCUUACCUGAUUGAAGACUAAGGGAGAGUCUAAUGGGGGGUGGCAGGCUGUACCAAAGGAAAGGAGACGCUUGUGAAAAGUCCUGCAAGCGUUAGUUAGCAGUAAGGCUGCGAGCAGCGGACAGGAGAAGGGGCAUGUCUAGGAAUUACUGAAAAAAUAUAGAGGGGCAUAGAGUUUGUUUAGAGCUUUAUUGAUAAUGGUUAGAAUUUUGGAUUGUCACCUAUAGGAUAGAGAAAGCCAGUGUAAGGAUCAAGAGAUGGGAGAGGUGUAAGAGGAGUGACAGGAGAGAAAGAUCAGCUUGGCGGGAGCAUUCAUUAUAGAUUGUAGGUCGCCAGUACGGCUUCUGAGGAGACCAAUUAAGAGUGAAUGCAGUAAUCAAUGCAAGUAAUUACUAGAGCGUGAACAAGUUACAUUGCAGCAUCUUGCGUAAGAAAGGGGAAGACAUGAGCAAUGUUUUUGAGGUAGAUUCGACAGGUUUUAGCAACAGACUGGAUAUGAGGCACAAAGGUGAGGCCAUGAUAAAGAUAACACCAAGACAGUUAGCUUGGAAGGAUGGGCUGAUGUAGGUACCCUCGACUUGCAGGGAGAGUGAAAGAGGACUUUUAGUAUUAUGAGAAAAUAAGGAGCUCAGUUUUAGAGAGAUUACAUUUCAGAAAGUGGGAGGACAUCCUGUCAGAGAUGGAAGAAACACAAGAGGUGACACGUUAUUGGACAGCGGCGGAGAGAUCACGGGAGGAGAGACAUAUAUGUGUGUCGUGGCAUACUAAUAGUAGUGGAAUCAAAUUAAUUAAUGAGUUUGCCAAGAGAGGCAGUAUAAAGAGAGAACAAAAGGGGACCAAGAACAGUGCCUUGGUGGACUCCAACCGAGACAGGAUGAGGGGAGGAGGUGUCAUUGAAAAAGGAGAUACUGAAAGAACAUUGCAAGAGAUGGGAGGAAAAUCACUGGAUAAAAUUUUGAAGAGACCAAGGAAUUGAAGAGUUUGGAGAAAGAAGUUAGAAAUUAUAUCCCUGUAUGUUAUGUUUUUGUAAGUAUUUAUCCAAUUUCAGUUUAAACAUCUGUAUGGACUCUGACAAAACCACCUCUUCAGGCAGAGAAUUCCAUAUCCUUAUUGUUCUUACUGUAAAAAAACCUUUUCUUUGCCUUAGAUGAACUCUCCUUUCUUCCAGCUUAAAUGUGUGACCUCGUGUCCUAUGUAUAGCCCUGUUUAUGAAUAGAUUUCCAGAUAAAGGUUUGUACUGGCCCCGAAUAUAUUUGUAUAAUGUUAUCAUAUCCCCUCUCAGGCGCCGUUUUUCCAAACUAAACAGAUUUAAUUUUUUUAACCUUUCUUCAUUACUAAAAUGCUCCAUUCCUUUUAUCAAUUUUGUUGCUCGUCUCUGGACCCUCUCGAGUGCCAUGAUAUCCUUCUUUAGAACAGGCGCCAAAAAUUGCACAGCAUAUUCAAGGUGUAGUCUUACCAGUGAUUUAUAAAGAGGCAAAAUUAUAUUUUCAUCCCGAGAAUUUAUGCCCCUAUUUAUACAUGACAAAAUCUUACUGGCCUUAGCAACUGCAGAUUGACAUUGCAUAUUGCUGCCUAAUUUGUUGUCUAUAACAACUCCCAAAUCCUUCUUGUGUGUGGUUAUCCCUAAUUCACUACCAUUUAGUGUGUAAGUUGCUUGUGCAUUCUUAACCCCGAAGUGCAUAACUUUGCAUUUCUCUAUGUUAAAUUUCAUCUGCCAUUUUAGUGCCCAGUCCCCCAAUCUAUCCAAAUCUCUCUGCAGCAAAGCAAUAUCCUGCUCACAUUUUAUUACUUUACAAAGUUUUGUGUCAUCUGCAAACCCUGAUACAUGGCUUUCAAUGCCUAUUUCAAGAUCAUUUAUAAAUAUGUUAAAUAGAAUUGGUCCCAAAACAGAACCAUGAGGAACACCACUUACCACUUUUGUCCAGCCUGAAAAUUUACCAUUAAUUACAACUCGUUGUGUGGUUAUCCCUAAUUCACUACCAUUUAGUGUGUAAGUUGCUUGUGCAUUCUUAACCCCGAAGUGCAUAACUUUGCAUUUCUCUAUGUUAAAUUUCAUCUGACAUUUUAGUGCCCAGUCUCCCAAUCUAUCCAAAUCUCUCUGCAGCAAAGCAAUAUCCUGCUCACAUUUUAUUACUUUACAAAGUUUUAUGUCAUCUGCAAACACUGAUACAUGGCUUUCAAUGCCUAUUUCAAGAUCAUUUAUAAAUAUGUUAAAUAGAAGUGGUCCCAAAACAGAACCCUGAGGAACACUACUUACCACUUUUGUCCAGCCUGAAAAUUUACCAUUAAUUACAACUCGUUGUACUCAAUCCUUAAGCCAAGGUUCUACCCAAGAACAAGAAUAUUCAUCUAGACCAAUUUCUUUUAGUUUGAAGAUUAACCUGUUGUGAGGAACCGUAUCAAAUACCUUGGCAAAAUCCAAGUAGAUCACAUCCACUGCAACACCCUGAUCUAUACUUCUACUUACUUCUUCGUAGAAUGCAAUUAGGUUAGUUUGACAUGACCUAUGUUUCAUAAAACCAUGCUGAUUAUUGCUAAUGUAUUCAUCUGCACAUAAAAAUGGGUUUAAUAGCAUAUACUGUACUGACAGGAAAAGUUGUGCCGAGCAGCAUUACCGUCCUGACAGGAAAAGAUGUGCCGAACAACAAUCAUGCACUUGGAAACCUGGUAAUUGCUUUUGGGGGUCAAAGGCCGGUCAUGGCCAAUCAGAUCCACUGGAGAGUUUAUGCUGAGCAGCAAUCAUGCACCUGGAAACCUGGUAAUUGCUUUUGGGGUCAAAGGCCGGUUACAGCCAAUCGGAUCCACAGGAGGGGUAUUUAAACCCAAUUCUCCUUUUGCUCAUUGCCAUGUUGUUGUUUCAUUCUGAUGGUAAUCUGAGAGUGCAUUCUUGAUCUUGAUUUUCUGGUAUUUGACUUUGGCUUCAUUUUGACUUCCCUGAAUUCUGGUAUCCUUAACUUUUGGCUUUCCCUCAUCUUUCUGUCUGAUUCUGUGUUCCUUACCUCAGCUAGUAUUUUGACUAUUCUUGGAUACGUUAAGUCCGGCCAUUCUAAGGUCCGGUUAUACGUUAUCCUUAGUACUAGGUGUGACACAGUUCUGCGUGCUGGAUUAAUUUGUAAUCCUGACAAGGACUAAGGCAGCAAGAGUCCAGAGUUCAAAUCCCCUUUUUGGCACCUGUGGAACGGCCACGCCUGGCCGUCUGAAUGGCACCGUGCCAAUCGUGACAAAAGGUGGUAGAGAGUUCAAGUAGAAUUAGUAUUGAGUAGUGGCUUUUGGAUUUACCUGUGAUUAGAUCAUUUGUAACUUUAAUCAAAGCAGUCUCAAUAGAUUGGAGGGGGCAGAAGCCAGAUUGACGAGGGUUGAUGAGAGAGUUGGAAUUGAGGAAGCAAGACAAGAGGGUAAAGACAAGUCUUUCCAGAAUCUUUGAGGAAAAAUGGAGGGAUAUGGGACGGUAUUUGAAGGGGAAAGACAGGUCAAGGGAUUGCUCUUUUAGGACGGGUACAACAGUAACAUGUUUUAAGGGGAGCGGGGACAAUGCCAGAAGAAAGAGAGCAGUUGAAGAUGUGCAUUAAGGAUGGCACAAGACAAAGGGAAAGAUAAUUGAAAGAGUGUACAUGUGGAAUAGGUGUUAAGAGGCCAGAGGGAAUUAACAUAAGCUCACAUCUUGUAUAGAGGUAUAGAAAAAGUUAUAGAAAAAGACAAGGUCAACAAGAACUGGAUAAUACAAUAAACACUGUUUGACACGGGUGUCCAUAACUCAGGAGAAAGGGCUAUGUUUAGACUCUAGCAAAGCAGAAGAGAAAAAUAGGAAUUGUGUGCAUAUAGUCCACUCUGGAUUUAGAAAGAUGCUUGAGACUUGGUGAAAUGAAAUACAGAGACAAACAGGACAAGUGCUGGAGUUAAUGAAAGGCAAAAAUAAAUAGACUUGAUAUAAAGAGAGCAGAUGUUGACAAUGCUGAUUACAGUAAUGCUGGCCCAUCUCACAUAAGGGAGGUAAUUUACGUAUGUCAACUGGAUGGGGAAAGGAUGUCAACAGCAAAUUCUGAGCCUAAUAAGAAACUAAAAAAAAAAUUUGAGUGUGCAACCAAAUCACUACAAAUACAGGAAGGACGCAUGGCAUUAAUUCAUCUGUGAGUAAAUGCGACAAUAUUAUAAUGGUCAUGCAUAAAAAGAUGUUUAUGAUCACACAUUCAAAUCAGGCAACAUACAUUCACAAGUACACUGAUAAAUCACACAUGGUUUGGACUUGCCAUAAAUGAAUAGACUAAUGUACUCAAAUAUGGAACAUAAUAUUGUGGUGCUGUAAAGGACAUAAUAUUUUGGUGCCGUAAAGGACCACAUGAAAUUAAAAUAAUGAAAAACUGCGUAGAAUAGACCAUUGCAUCUAUGAGUAGAUAUCUCAAAAAAGGGCCUCCUAUACUCAUAUCACUCUCCCACCUGCAUUACUGAAAAACAAUUCAGCUAUUUUGGCCUGGAAUUUCAAAAUCUCUUGUCAAUUCCCAACAAAUGGUUUUGUGAAUAUUGCUGUAAGAAAUGUACAAAAUUUGAAAUGUGUCCUAGACUAGCAAGUCACCUGUAUUGGGGAAUGCAUACAACUAUUCAAACCUUAUUUAAAAGGAUGAAAUUAAAAUGUCUUUAAUGUGAUUCAUUUUGUGUUACUAAAACUAUUAACAGUGGAAGGGGUAAUGAGUGAUUCCUGCCACAUCUAUACCAAAUAUAAAGUGAAUGAAACUGGGAAUAUUUAUGGUGAACAUUUCAGAAAUGGUUCUUAGAUGCAGUAUCCAGUCUAGUGGGAGUAGAGAUCAUGAUUCCAUUUCAAAAUAAACACUGAAAUGCGGUAGUUUAAUAAGAGCACAUGGGAGCUGAUGUGUUUUAUUUUUAAAAUGAUAUAUAACAAAAAAAUAUAUAAAACAAUGUUAGAGAAAGGGCACAGUUGUUGUUAGCAGUAUUUCUUUCAGUGUAUACAUCUAUUUAAUCCUGUAUAUUGUAUAUGACAUUUUUAGAUGUGGAAAUGCUAUCUUAUGCCAUUCUUUUACUUAUCUACUUCACCUACUUAUUUCCUGCUUUAUUUUUUGGUUUUUGGCACAUAUAUAAUGUGGUAACAAAUGCUCCCUUUUAUAGUUGUUAACAUGAAAUAAUUCAUAUCCAUGACAGACCACAUAUUAUCCACAGAGGAGUUAUAGUAUGACCACCAUCAGAUUCUUGUGAUGAAUAAAGAGAAUAUCGCAUUAUUUGUCCAGAUUACAAAACUCAUCAGGAAUUAUUCAUCAGGAAUAAUUGCCAAGUCAAUUUAUACUGCUCUUACAAUUUGUAGUUACAGGGGUUGACUCUGGUUUUAGACAGCUGUUCAAGGGGUCUAGAAAGAUCUUGGAGUGCCCAGAAUGUUUUCUUGAAGGUGGUUGUGAGUUUGAGAAUAUAGUUAGACAAGAAGGAGAAACAAGUCUCUGAAACAAAGUGCCCAGGCCACUUCCAUGCCUAUCCAGGGCCAGACUUGCCACAAGGCCAUGAAGGCCACAACUUCAAGGCAGCAGGCAGGAGAGGGGUGGCACAGCCAGUGGGGUGAUCAAAGAUCUCCCUAAUUUGUCAGCCCAUUCAUCAGCACUCAAACAGAGAGGUUGUAAUUGGUCUACCUUGCCUGCACUAUUUCAGAGCAUUGACAUGAGCUUUGAUACAUUCCUCAGUGCUGGCUGGAAGGAGCUGUCUGCAUCUACUUAAUUUAAAAAAAAAAAUGCAUUUUUUUUUUUUAUUGACCCAAUUACUCCUCUGUACCCCACAUAUACUACUGCAGCCCCAAUUUUUCACUACAAUCACUUUGCCCAACUAAAUCCACUACCCCCUGACUACAGCCCUUAUAAAUACUAUAGUCCCCAUCCCCCACUAUAGCCACUGCCCCCCCUCCACAACCCACACUAUAGCCUCUAUUUCCCCAGUAUAGAUCAUUACUAUGGAUGCAAUUCACCACUAUAGCCCCUAUUCACCACUAUAGCCACUGCAACCCUUAUACCCAACUGCAGCCACUAUUACCUUUCUAUAGCCACUAACCAUCUCACUAUAGCCCCACUACAUCCCCUAUUCCCUCACUACAAUCCUAUUCCCCUAGUACCCUAAGUACAGCUCCAACCCGCUAACUACAUCAUCAAUCCAUCACUAUAGCUACUAUCCACACCACAAUAGUCCCUAUACUCUCACUAUAGCCACUAUACCCUCACUAUUGCCACUAUUCUUUCACUAUUGCCUCAAUACCAUCACUACAGGCCAUAUACUCCCACUAUUGCCUUUAUUGACACUAUAGCCAUUUUACCCACUAUAGGCCCUAUUUCCCUACUAUAGACACUACCCCACAAAUAAUGCCCUUCUUCACCCCACUACAUCCCAAAAUUCAACACAACAAGCAGCCACACCAAUAUACAUAGCCCCACAAGCAGCAUUUCUAUUAGGGACAGAUCCAGGACCUACUGUUGUGAGAUUAUUUAAAGAAACACUCCAGGCACAAUAAACACUACAGCCAUCUAUAGUGGUCAUUGUGCAAGGAGUCCCAUGGUCUGUCGGGGUAGUGGCAGUAGUGGGGGAGUUAGGAGCUGUAGUGGGGGUUAGAAGAUGUAGUGGGGUUUAGGGGCAGUAGUUUGGAGUUAUGGGCUGUAAUGGAAGGAUAUGGGCUUUAGUUGGGAGAUAGAGUUGUAGUGAAGGCUAAGAGGGAGUAGUGGGGGGUUAGGAACAAGAUUAGAAGCUUUAGAUUGGGUUUAAGGCAUUAUUUGGGCUGAGUACUGUAGUGGGUGGUAGGAGCUGUAGGGGGAGAUAGGAGCUGUAAGAUGAGGAUUAGAGCUGUAGUGGGGGUUAUGGGCAGUAUUGGUGGGUUUGGGGCAGUAGUAUGGGGCCAAAGGCUGGAGUCAGGGGUUAGGAGCUGCAGUGGGACAUAGCGGCAGUAGUGGGGAUUAUGGGUAGUAGUGGGGAUUAGAGGUAGUAGUGGUGGGUUAGGGGAGGUUAUGGAGGUUUAGGAUAAAUUAUGGUGGGUUAGAGGCUGUAGUGGGGGACUAGGAGCAGUUAUAAUGGGUAAGAGGCUGUAAUGGAGUAAACAAAAGGCAGAAGGUAAAGUAAAAAAAUUUAAUAAUUAAAAUAUAUCACAGGGUUACCGCAGUGUAGAGAUAACUCACUUCAAUUCUCUAAUGCAGUAGAAGGAGAGGAGAACUUGGCCUAGAAAUACAGACCAAGUUCGCCCUCCUUACCUUCGAUAUCAGGGGCUGGCUGGGGAGCAUGGCAUCAAAGCCACUAUAUGGCUGCUUGGAGAGGGGGAAUUGCCCACAUGCCCCCUCCAUGAAACUGACCUUGAUUCCUACAAACAUUCAACAUCACAAGCAGCCUACACACACACACAACCCCUCUACCAGCCCUGUCCCACUUAUCAUCCAACCACCCACCUAGUCACAUUCACCAUUUGAUCAUACCCGAAACUGGCUGUAUAACUUUGCAUAUAUGUGCAUUGAGGAAACUGACCUUGGGGCAGAAGGGAGGGUAAAUCUGGCCCUGUUGUUAUCCAUCAGCAUUUUUUACUUUUACCUCCUUCAUCAGUGGUCAACUUUUAAAGGUGACAUAUCUGUGGGUGUAAAUUAUUAUUAUUUUUUUAUAUUCUUUAUUUUUCCAUCUUGGCAGACACAGUGAUAAAACAUCAUCAUAGUGGCUUGUGCAAAAGCCAAAUAACAAGUCAUACAUUUAAACAAUGCAACAUAACAGGCUACCACUGACACUGCAUGCUCAACCUAAGUAGUAAUUUCUUCACCGUCCGCCAAUGAGUUUUUCAUAUUUUAAAUGAACUAUUAAUUGACAUUAAACAGUAUGCAGAACAAUUCAAUCUACUUCACGAUGGCAGUUUCUAUCUUGCUUUUUUAUUUUUUUAUUUUUUUUUUGUUGUACUUUUUUUUUGGUGAGCAAGGAUACCCCAAAGAUAUAUUCACAACAACUGAGUAGUCUUUAUUAAACUGAUAUGUAUCCGUCAAAUAUCAUACAUUUAGGGUGAACACACCGUUUACAAUAAUAACAAAAUAACUGUGCUUGGUGGUAACAGCUGUAGUGUAUCAAGGGUAGUAUAACCUAUACACUGGUACCAGAUACUUCAGGUUUAGUGAACGAUACAGUAAUUUAUGUAGCAACACUGAGAUAUGUGACCUUUUUCGAUUCCCUAUUGGUGCCCGUAUAUAACGUCUGUUAAGACUUAAGGAGCCUGAGCCCUGACCUGCUCUACAAAAUAAUUUUUAUUUAUUUUUUUCCCCCUUAUUUGUGUUGUUCUUGUAACAUUUUUAUUUUGACGUGUUAGUCGACCAAUUCGUUUGGGUGCAUUCGUCACCUUAGAGUCUACACCUUACAUAUAAGUUGGCUAAAUAUAAACUAUGUUUCAGAUAAUUUAUAUUCUUGUUUAGAAGGAAUCAACGGCAGCUCCACCAGGCCUACCUACCUAUAAAAAGUAUCCGUACACGGUAAGGUAUUAUGACUGAUAGGUCUAUCACUCCGUUCAAUUGAACUUUUGUGAGUUAUGAUGGCAUGAUCUAGUGCCUUCUAUCAAUUUGCAAAUUUUUCAUAUCUCCUAUCCCAAUGCCCCAAAUUCGAGGCACACGACUAAUGUUCGCUUCGUACUAGGCGGUGAUCUGUUCCCCUGUUUGCUCUUAUUUGCAACCAGUAUAAUUAGCUGCUGCUACCACUACCCUUGAUGCUGUAUGUCAUCACUGUCCUAGUUUUCGUUAUUUUCUUUUCAAAAGGAAAGAGAAAGUAAGAAAAGAAUAGAGAAAAUAAGAGAAGGAGGGAAUUGAGUUUGAGGGGUUACGUUUAAGUAUAUGGAAUGAGAUGAAUAAGUUUUUAAGGUCACAACCUCCCCUGCUUCAAACGGUUAACAUUAGGUUGCCUGAGGUGUCGUGCCCAUCGAGCGUGGAUAAGGUCGGCUGAUGGCGGGCAUUGGAAAGAUAUGAUUUUUAUGACGAGGGGGGAGGUGAGAGGAAGUGGUGAUUAGGAACCACUGUAUGUUUAUUGGCAAGGACGGUUGGGUCACUGUAUAACACUAUGUGUGGAGUUAUAUUUGUAUAUAUGUUAAUUUAUGCUUAUUUAUGUCUAACGUUUUUGGUUACAGAAAAAGAGAUUUAAUAAAUAAAGUUAUGGAUGUGUUAUGCAGUAAUUUAGUUUGUGAUAAUAAACCCCUCAUCCAUACUAAGGGGUCUGUCAUUAUUGGGGGGUUGAAUGGGGUUAGUUUAUGUUCUAGGCUGCAUCGCGAUUCCCCACUACGUACAUACAUGGCCUACAGGCUGCUUCUUUGAUAUGGGGUUGCCUAACAAAGUCUCUAAUCUGCAUGUAUCUAAAGAAAUCGGAGGGUGCCCACUUUCUCUAGAUUUUGGAAAUCUCUAGUGGUCAUCCCAGGCAUGAAUGCUCUGUUAUGCAGAAGUGGCAUUAGGGGUGAAGUUGAAGCUGCUAAACCGUACUUAUCUUUAUCCACGUCCCAUAUCCUCAAUGAAAUGCGGAUUGCUGGGCAGGUCACUCUAAGCAUGGGCCUGUGCUCCUUGGGUACCCACAUUGUAAAUUGCGGUAUGUCCGCUCUAACCAUGAGUGAUUUAAUUUCCACCCACUUCCUAUCGUCUGAAGAGGAGUGCCACAUUGCCACUUGCAUCAAUUGUGCCACUAGAUAAUAAAAGUAUAGGUUUGGGAGACCCCCCCCACGUUUUUAGUUGGUAAAGCAGCUGUCUAGAUAUUCUAUGUCAUUUGUUUUGCCAUAUAAAAGACCCUAUUGCUUGUUUUAAUGGUAUGAGCUUUGGUGAUGCGAGUGGGAAGCACCUGAAACAGGAAUAGGAUACGCGGGAGAACAUUUAUCUUUACGGAAUGUAUCUGCCCUACCCAUGAUAUGGGCUUGUCCGUCCAUGGGUGUAACUUUUUUAAUUGAACAAAGAGGGUGUUUGGGUGAGUAUUUGCCGACAUAAAGGAUAUGUUUUAAGAUCUCUGCAGAUUUAAAUCAAGGUUAACUAACGGUGAACAGUAAGUAUGAUAGAGGAGUUUAGAUUGUACUAGUUGGUAAUUGGAAAUAGAUAAUAGUUCAGUCUUCCAAGUGCAAAAUUGUUAAGUAUCCAGACACCACCCAAUAAUAUAUUUCAGAUAGACACAUUAUUAUUAUUAUUAUUAUUAUUAUUAUUGCCAUUUAUAUAGUGCCAGCAUAUUCCGUAGUGCUUUACAAUAUUAUUAGAGGGGGGAUUUAACUAAAAAUAGGACAAUUACAAGAAAACCUUCAGGAACUAUAGGUUGAAAAGGACCCUGCUCAAACGAGCUUACAGUCUAUAAGAGGUGGGGUGUAAAACACAAUAGGACAAAUGCACGGUCAUUCACGAAUGUGAGAAUUGUCAGGAAUUCAAAGUGAUUUUCACAUUUUAGACCAAAUACUGUACUUUUAAUUCACUUUGAAUUUCUGACAUUUUUCAUUUUAGUCAAUAACCCUGCUAGUAGUAAGAAUAGUUCAGUGAAUGAUGAAUUGAAUCAAAAUAAUGAUCUUUGGCAUCAAGACAACACACUUUUGUCACCGGGUGGCACUGUGGUAAAGAAUAUACUAAAGUACAAAUAUAUAUAUAUAUAUAUAUAUAUAUAUAUAUAUAUUUCAUGAUGUGUCUGUUAUUAUAAUGGCAGAUCUAGUUUCAGAAUGCCGUACUGCAUGGUUGUGGAUGUAAGCUAUUGAAAUGCACAUACAAUUUGAGGAAGUAAAAUAUACAUGUACCUCACUGCUCCAGGUUUGUGGGAGUUAUACAUUGGCAAAUGCCAUUUGAAGCUAAAAAAGCACCCAGGAUUGUAAAUCCAACUAAUUUGGGCAGCACUGAGACAUGUGUAUUCCGAUGUUGCCAAAACAGUAAAGUCAUGCCCUCAACCACAUUACAUUGCAGCAAACCUUAACUCCUGCACUACACUAUCCUUAAACAUUAACCACAACACUAUAUUUCACUAGCACUAACUCCUACUAAAAAAUGAUCUUUACACUAUAGUACCACUUAACAUUAUCCUUUAAACUACCCUGAUUCUAACCAUUAACUCUAAAGCUUACCCUAUCACUAACCUUAACCCAUACAAUGUUUACACUAUACAUUAGCUCCUACAUUUUACACAAAUCCUAACCGAAAAAUGUAAUGUAAAAUAUGAGAUACAUAACAGCAAAGUAUGUAUGGGGGGAGGCCUUAUACCCUUCCCAGAUCUCUCAAUGACAGUGAGUACUUACAAGGUAAUUUACAAGAGUCCAAAUGUCCCAUAACAAACAGCUGCAGAUCUGCUAUUUGUUCAUCCUUGUAGGGUUGUAUUUAGCACUGAGCAGUGCUUGUGUGUUUGAUUGUAUGUUUUUGUAUGAAGUAUGUGUAUAUAAAUGUAGGGGUUUAUUUAGGUUUUGUUGACAUUUAAAAGCAGAUGUGUGUAUUUAUGUAAUGUUGUCUUUUGAAAGCAGUGGCGUGGUUAUGUUUAGUGUUUGCUUUGUAUGUAGGGGUGUUAUUGUAUGUAGUUUUGGCAUUUGAACGAAUGUGUGCAUUUAUGUGUAGUGUUUUUUUUUUAAUGAGAGGUGUGUUUAUAAAUAAAAUUGGUGUUUUCAUACAAAGGUGUCCUGGUAUUUAUGUAUGUAGUGUUGACAUUUGAAUGCAUGGGUGUGUUUGUAUGUAGUUUUGUCGUUUGAAUGCUGAGAUGUAUGCACCUGUAACAGAACUGUCUGUAUAUGGAUUACAUUUAUUUUCCCUCCAUUUGUCUGUUGUUCAUUUUAUUUCCCUGCCUGUACAGUCCCUAUGUGUUCCCCUGUUAAACUACCGAAAGCCGCACAAAGGCGUGACCACCGGGAAGCUAGCAUGUGCAGUCAAUUGACCAUUACUGGGUGGCCGCGGUUACACUUAGCGGCCGCUAGGUGGCGGUGUUAUGGAGCUCCCCGGACGGCCAGCGAUGCUCAGCCCGGAAUCAGUGCACUAAAAGCGGACACUUUUAUGUGCAGGCACCGCUGAGCCUCUAGCCUUCCCUGCGUCUAUUCGUGGCUGUUUAGAUGAACGCUGGAGUGAUCGGGACUUUUUCUAUGUGAAUAUGUUAACCCAGAUAGCUAUGCCAUGGAGCCUAUUCGUGUAAUUAAAGACUUUGGCUCCAUGGCAAUUGAACUGUGUGUAUAGGAUAUGAGCGUGAUUUGGUAGUCAUGUGUGCUCAGAUCCCAGCUAUCUGGGGAUAUGUGACAUGCAUGGAUUUUAUGUAUUAAAGGUAACACUGUAUGUUUUAAUGUACUUUACGGUCUUUGUGUCCCCACGUGUAUAAUGGAGUUUUGGCCUCUGUCCUGGGAGAUAAUUGGAUUACUUCCCAGUUAUCUCCAGGAUAGAGGGAGGGAAAUUAGGAUGCAUUGUGGGGAUGUUUUACUUCUGUGUGUCUGAAUGUGAAUGUGAUACAUGUCUGUCUGUGUUACAAUCUUCCAUCUGGUCCCCUGGGGGAGUGUCCACCAGGUGGGAGACCUGCAUAAAUACUGGGCAGGUAGCCCUGAAUAAAUCAGACCACUGCUUGACCCUCAACACAGAGCUCUGUCUCGUCUUUGGGGGGAUUUACUGUUAGAUACUGAUUGCCAGGAGUGUAAGCCGCUUGGGUGCUUUUCCUGUUCAUCUGAUAGCAGUGAGGUUCCAGUUCGGGAGUUUGGAGUGCUACUUUGUAUGCAGUUCGGGAGUUUGGAGCAUUCCCUUGUAUUCAGUUCGGGAGUUUGGUGUUCUGCAGUAGCUGUGGCUGUAUCUCUGGAAGGGGAAGAUCUUCUAAACGGCAGUUUACCCCUUUAAUGCCUGGAGGUGCCGUUACAGCACCUAUACACACAUACACUGCCAUAACUGCCAUACAUAUACAAUACACUCACAAACUUACACAGACAGAAAUGCAGACACAGAACACACACUUACACACAUACAGAUACACAUACUGACAUGCAGAUACACAUAAACACAGAUACGAAUACUGAUACAUAUACAUACACACAUGCUAGUCAAAUUUCACGAAUUUAAAGCCACCCUCCUGUUUCCUACCUUUUGGGCACAAGAGGGUGACUUCCCUCGAGUCCACUUUGAUCUGCUGGCUGAUGCUGUUGAGAGUCAGGGCAUGGCUCUCCCAGUUUACACCCCAUUUUCUUUGCUUUCUCCUCUGUCCUCUGCCCUCCUCUCUGUCUUUCCAGCUUUGACUUUCUCCAAGCACUGGCUGCCAAUGUGAAAGGGGUCCAGCUACACCGUUAAAGGGCUGCAGUGCACAAUGGCAUCCUUGAUGACACAUGUCCAUUGGGUGUCCUUAAAUUCAUGGGCCACCCAAUGGGCCCCCUCAUUGUUCAAGGCUGCAUGGGUGGUAGUUCCACUGCUUUUAGGACUGCAAAAUCAAGACAUUGUUCACACUAUUUAACAAUGAGUUUGAAUUGGGUUUGGAUUUCAACUGGAUCAAAAGCACCAAAGAUAAGCCAGCUUAAGCAUCAAAGAUAAGCACCAACAAUAAUGCAUAUUACAUUUUUAAUCAUUGCUGACAAAUGUAAACAUUCUGAGAAUGUUUAAAAGUUUGUCAGGGAACACACAUGUAAUGACUGUCAGGCUGGCGGUCAUAAAGCCUGUUGAAGAUCUAACGUUUUCAUUACAAAAAUGAAAAGACAUCACAUGCAACAUGCAACAUGAUGAUGCAAAAUUCUGGUAAUUGUUAUCAUAGAGAAGCAUUCGGAUAAUGUUUUUCUAGCAAAAGGAUCUGAUCAAGGGAACGUGGCAUUUGCCACAUAUGUCCUGUAGAUACUCAUCACUUCUCUAUAAAAAGCAUUCAAUUGGAACAGAGGCAUGGAUGGAUCUGGAUAAAAGUUGAGUUUAUUUAGGUUUUUAGUUUUUUUUUCCAGGGGAGACCCCGUAUCUAAUUCUUGAAAGGAUCAUUCUAAUAUUAUACAUAAAAUAUAUUUAUUUAGAAUCUUCCUUUAAGGAUAAUAGAGAUGGUAGUUAAUGGGUUAAUGAUGGGCAAGUGAAAAUACCUUUAUAUAUAGUUAAAUAUAUAUAUAUAUAAUUUUAUUUUGUUUCCCUUUAUCAGACCCGGUUACAAUAAAGCCUCAACGACAAUGAAGUAACUGCACAUUAUAUCUCAAAGUUUUCAAAGUGUAAUUAGCUUUUUGAGACAGUAUUACGUAACCUUUGGUAAAUCCAAUUAAAUUAUAUAGCUUGUUUGAAAUGUUUGCACACUGCAGAGAUUUUAUUUUCUCUUCCUAUGUACUUUUUUAUUUCUUUUUGAGUAGAUUUAAAGGCAAUGUCUUUCAAUCAGCAGUUUAAUGGUAGGAUUGGAUAUAUUUUCAGUUUUACUGUAAUUUUAAGUAGACACAUCUGUCGACAUCAGUCUUACUACUCUACUCCAUAAAUCCACCAGCACAAUAAGCUGCCUAGCUGGAAAUGUCAUGUGAAGGAUCACAGAAGGUAUUGGCAAAAAGGCUGUGCAUAUUGUAUGCAUGGUUUAAAUCUACUUUCCAUAAUACUUUGUUGUAAAAAGGAAAGAGACUGAAAUAUAACAGCGAGGCAUGAAUAAUGCAUUUUUCUCUCUUUUUCAGGGAUAUGAAAAUGGGAACUUUAUCUUGGCCAACAGCUACUUUUAUAACUGUUGUUGCUACUGUGUAUUUAGAAGCUAAAACCACUCAACCAUCAAAGUACACUAAGAAAACAUAUAAUAUGGAGAUCGCCAAUGGCUUCGAGACAUCACUUGCACCACCCACCGAGGAGACUGUUUUUACUGACAUGCCAGAAACAAGUGAUACCACUUCUGAACUAGCUACAUUAAAUGCAGAUUUUAGAACAGCUACCACUCUUUACCCGUUUGAUAAUUUUACUCUAGAAACAGCAGAUUUCUUUUUUAACUGCUGUGAUUGUUGCACACCUAUGGCUGGACCAAAAGGGGACACAGGAGAUAUUGGACUCCCAGGUGAGUAAAACAAAAAGCAUUUAUUAUUAUUUUAUUAUUUAUAUAGCGCCAUCAGAUUCCGUAGCGCUGUACAAUGGGUAGACUAACAGACAUGUAAUUGUAACCAGACAACUGGACAUGCAGGAACAGAGGGGGUGAAGGGCCCUGUUCAAUGACCGUACAUGAUAGAGGGAGUGGGGUAUAGUGACACAAAGGGUAAAAGUAGGGGUAUGAAGUAGGUAGUUAAAAAAGUAUUCACUGAGGGCUUACUAGGUAAUUUUUGACAUUAGCAGGAGAGGAGUCAUGGGGGUCAGGGGAUAAAAACCUGCUAACAGUUUAAUUGAUAUGCUUUCUUGAAGAAGUGAGUUUUCAAUAAUUUUUUGAAUAAGUGGAGACUGGGUGAAAGUCUUACAGGGAAGGUAGUUCCACAGAAGAGGUGCAGCCCUGGAGAAAUCUUGUAGGCUAGAAUCAGAGGUGGGAGUACGGACAGAGGUCUUUGGCAGAGCGCAGGGGCCUUGACGGGACAUACUUGUGCAUUAGGGAGGAUAGGUAGGUUGGAUCAGCAUUAUGUAGGGACUUGUAGGCAAGCACCAGAAAUUAAAAUUUAGCCCUAUAUCUAACUGAAGGCCAAUCCAGCAACUGACAGAGUAGGGAGGCGUGGGAGAUGCAAGGGGACAGGAUAAUGAGUCUCGCCGCCACAUUCAUUAUAGAUUGCAGCGGUGCAAUCGGGGAACCCAUAAGACCACUGAGAACGGGAUUGCAGUGGUCAAGGCAAGGGAGAACAACAGCAUGGACCAGCACCUUAACCGCAUUUACUUUUAUAAAUAUACUACAUAUUUUUUACCUUUAAAGUAUAACGUCACAUUUAAAGGAACACUAUGAAGUUAGGAAUACUAAUUUGUUACUGCCUUUAGAACUAUUAGGUCCCUCCCACUUGUACAGUACUAAAAGGGUCAAAAACCCUUCUUUACUUACCUUGUUUCUAGUACCGAGGCUCCAUUGGUGCUGCAGACCUUUACUCCAUAGCUACCAUUACCAGGAGGCAGGGCUUCCUCUUGUGGGGACCUGAUGUGCAUGCAUGAUGAGUGCCACACACACAUUCCAACUUUCUCAUAGGAAAGCACUAAAUCAGUGCUUUUGAAUGCUCUGUGUCACGUGACCGAGUAAACCCUGCAAUGUAAAAACUGGAAUUUUUUAUGACACGGAGGCUCCUAUUAUGCUGCACUCUUUCUUUAUUUCCCUCAGGAGCAAAGAAAACUUUAACAAUGAAAUCAACACAAGAAACAGUCAGUAACAUAUAUCUUCCAUGGCAACCAACAGCCAAUCAAGUUCCACUCUCCAGCAUAACAGGCGGAAUUCCCUGAACUAUUUCCUUUUUCUUUGCUGCUCCCUCAGUUAAGUACACUAAUCCCAUAGUUUCUUAACUGUGGGGUUGAUAUCUUAUAUAUUUAUACCUAUAUAUUAAUAUUUAUAUAUAUAUAUUGAUAUCUACUUAUAUAUAAUUAUAAUUUUGUCUUAUAGUUGGUUAUAAUAUUUUUGUCUUUGUUUUAAUUUUUGUUUUAUUGCAUUUAUGUUAUAUUUAUUUUUUGUGUAAAUAAAUUCCUAUGGUACUUUUCUCCUCCCUUCCCUUUAGUCCAUUUUAUGGUGCACCGGGAGGAUUUUUUUCCUUGUCUCCGGUUUUAGGCUUUCAGUUUUCUAACCUACAGCUGUUUUACUGUCUGUGCAGCAUUUUUUUGCGCCCCUUUUCUUUUGUUUUAAUGGUUUUCUCAGUUCGUGUGUGAGGGCAUACGUAGCAUUCAGUAAUUUUGCCGUUCGUUGGUUUUAUAUACCUUUCUGUUUCCCUGAAGCCACGUUCAGUAUUUUUUACCAUUCGUGUGUUUUGCAUGAACAGUUCAUUCAUGCUUCUGUCGUUCGUUCACUUCACAGGAGUCUGAUAGACUUUUCAUACGAACAAACGGUCAUUUUGCGGAAUUUCACCAUUCGGCAAAAUUUUGAACGCUUUUUCCUGAUAGUCUUGCCCCUUCCUGUUUCACCAUGUUGGGGUUUAGUAGUUUUGGCGAACGGACGGCUCUCUUACUCUCUCUGCACUUAUUUCAGAUUGUAAUUUUGACUUUGUUUAUUUUUCAGCAUUUUCUCCCUCCCUGGGUUACUCAAUCCUAUAGUUAGAUUACUUUACUAUUUAAAGUUUUGCCAGUAAUUCUUUAAUGAUGCAGUCUGACAGGGAUUUAACUUUGGCCUCUGGGUCUCAGGCGACCCCUCAGAUUCCCCAUGGUAACCCGGGAUUUCUCCGCACCUGCGGACAUACAGGCACUCUUUGACGCCUCAGUCUCUAGGUCCAUUACAAAGACUAUGGUAUCUGCUAUUGACGCUGUGUCGACUUCUCUGUCGCAUACUAUUACCCAGGCCCUCUUACAAGCCCAAAAGUCUGCGCAGCAGACUCUGACACCGGUCUCUCAAGGCCGUAGGGCUAUUGCCAAGACCAAACGUUCAUCCAAAACUGUAUUGACUGACAGUUUGCCUACUGUCACAGGUGGCGCGCAACCACCACUGCACAAAAGAGCCACUAGCCGGGCAAAAUUGGCUAGACUAUGGAAGCAAGCAAGAGCCCAGUUUGAUUUGUCUGAGUCAGAGCUCAGCAACAUUGAGGAGGAAAUGGAUAAGUCCGAUAAGGAUGUUUCAGAGGGUCAGUCCGAAUCAGACUUCGACGGUGUGAUUGGAGGGGCAUCUGCCUCCUCCCUCAGCACUUUCCCUGCUACGAUGUUGGGGGGCCAGUGUGGGGGGGCCGGUGACAACUCUAGGAUCCUGGACCUCUGACCUUUUUUUUUACCCAGACGAGCUUAGACAUCCGCGUUCAGCGGAAUGGUGUCCUUCUGACCAUGUGGCGAAAUAUAUCGCUUCCAGAGUACGUAAGCCCUUGGAUAAGGCUACUAGAAAUAAACUACAGGCAGAAUGCCCCCAUCCCACUGUCCCAGAUGACGCAUGUAAAACGCCCACUGUUGACCCCCAAAUUGCCCAAGUCCUAAGGAAAACUGGGUGGAAGCCUAGAAAGGUUCUAGAUUUUGCUUUAUCUUAUUGUCAAGACAAGGUCUUGAAAAUUUUGGGCCCUGAAGCAAAACUAUUCGAUGCGGUCGAAGACGAUCAGGAUCUAGAUAGGGAUUUAAUCCUUGGUUGGAUCCAAAGGAUAAUUUGCCUAGUGGGCAACGUACAUUCACCACUGGCUACCAAGCGCCGCAAGUCCAUCUUGCUGUAAAUUGAGCCAAAGCUGGUUAGUCUAGCUAUUAAGGAGCCAGGUGCCCAGGCUAAAGAGCAGUUAUUUGGUGACUCUUCUGUGAAAGAGUUGGGGUCUCUUGUGCACACCUUUAUGGCUUUAGAUAAAGCCCAAAGCAACAUGCGCAAAAUCUUUCACCAAAAGGUUUUUCCCGGGCUGGAAGAGGAAGGAGCUAUCUGUCCGGCCAUAUUCAGAGAGGUUCGUAUGGGCAGAACCAAGGUUCCUAUUCGGGACGAGCUGGCUUUCAGGAGCAAAAGACCACACCAGCCUUCUUCCCACAAAGAGGCAGACCCUGUGUCGCUAGGGGCGUCCGAGGAGCUCCUUCUGGACAACGACCUUAUGGUAAGUGUCUACUCUCCCCUUUCUUCCCUUUGGGUUGUGGGGGUGCAGACUCAUACAUUUUUCUCAUGUGUGGUUGCUUCUGAUGUCAGAUGCUUGGGUCCUUCAAGCUGUAAUAGAUGAUUGCAUAGAUUUUGUGUCACACCCAACCCAAAUCUCCCCUCCCAGAGAGAUUGUUUUUUCCCAACACGAUACUCUCCUUGUAUCCAAGGAAAUUCACGAAUUGAUGCGCAAAAAAGCUAUCACAGAGAUCCCAACCAAUACACCGAGUUAUGUCAGCAAUCUCUUCCUGGUACCCAAAAAAGGCGGAGGGGUGAGACCAGUCAUAAAUUUAAAACAAUUGAAUGGUUACGUGUCCAAUCACCACUUCAAAAUGGAAGGCAUACACUGCCUACGCGACUUACUACAACCAACAGACUGGAUGGCCAAAUUAGACUUACAAGAUGCGUAUCUCAUGGUCCCUAUAGCGGAACGACAUUAAAAGUUUCUCCAAUUCACAUGGCAAGGAAGGAAAUGGAGGUUCACAUGCCUCCCGUUCAGCCUGUCAUCAGCCCCGUGGUGUUUCACCAAGGUCAUGAAACCCGUGGUUGCUCUGCUACAAAGUCGAGGCGUUCGGCUAAUUAUCUAUCUGGACGAUAUCCUCCUUUUAGCCCAGUCUGCCGACCUUCAUGGACACCUGACAUGGACUCUGGAGUUACUGCAAAACCUGUUUUUCCUUAUCAAUUGGGAAAAAUCCAUUCUAAAACUGUCUCAACAUAUCGAAUCCUGGGAUUAGUGAGCAAUUAAACCUCACAGAUGUUACAUCUUCUGGCAUCAAAAUAGCUAAAUAUCAAAAAAGAAAUCAGACUCACAUUGGCCAUUCCCCAACUCUCCCUCAAACACUUGGCACAAGUCAGCAGACUGCUGGCAGCUUCCAUUGAGGUCAUAUUCCCAGGCCGGCCCCACUACCGAGCUCUUCAACGGUUACAAGCCUCUUACCUCAGACGCGGGGCAUCCUACGAAGACAUGGUGACAUUAGACAAAGAGGUGAAAGAUGAGCUUCAAUGGUGGCUUCUCUACACAGAAGCGUGGAAUGGACACGCUAUCUUUGGAACAACCCCAGACCUGAUCAUAGAAUCGGACGCGAGCUUACACAGUUGGGGUGCGCAUUGUGGAGAUACCUCCACAGGAGGCAGAUGGUCGUACCAGGAUGCUGCAUAUCAGUUGCUUGGAACUUAUGGCUGGAUCCUUUGCAGUACGCAGCUUAUCUCUGACUCUCUCUUAAUGCACAAUUCUAUUGAAGAUGGACAAUGUUUUUGCAGUCAGAUACAUCAACCAUCUAGGAGUCAUGAAAUCCAAAGUUCUGGCGAACAUGGCACGUGAUUUCUGGCAAUUUUGCCUUAUGCACAAUAUCUCGGUGACACCUCAAUAUAUUCUCGGCCUCUCCAACACCACAGUGGAUUGGUACUCCAGACAUCUCAAGGACUUCAGCAAUUGGCGUCUGGACCCCUUGACAUUUAGAAACAUUAUGGACACUUGGAGACCUCUGGGAAUAGAUCUUUUAGCCUCUCGUUUGAACGCUCAACUCCCUUGCUUUUCAGUUGGAGAUCAGAUCCUACGGCUCUAGCAGCGAACGCUUUCUCUCGAGUUUGGGCAACGGACACAAACUAUGCAUUCCCCCCCGUUUACACUGAUACCCCGUUGCCUUCUACGGCUGCGCCGCCAAAAGGGCACGUUGGUACUUGUGACCCCCCUAUGGUUGUCACAACCAUGGUUCCCUCAUUUAUUGGAAAUGGUGAUAGACUUUCCCCGCCUUCUCACAUCGUACGAUUCUCUCCUCCAGGAUCCGGACGUACAAUUUCACCCAUUAAUUCUCCAGGGUCUCCUUCAACUUAUGGCUUAGCUGAUUUCAGGGGACCUUGGUCAAUCAAGGGUCGUUCUGCAAUCAACUCUCAAACUUCUCGAGAAUGCAUGGGCACCUGGCACGAGACAAGCUUAUAAAUCUGCUUGAAAUGCAUGGAAUGGCUGGUUCUUGGGAAGAAAUCUGGAUCCCUUAUUGGCUUCUUUGACAUCAAUUUAGCAAUUUUUGACUUCCCUUUUUGAAGCAGAGAAAGCGUACCGCACGGUUAACCUUUACCGUUUGGCACUCUCCGCUGGACAUCAAGGCAUCAAUGGCGCCCUCAUCGGACGACAUCCCUUUGUCUGUCGCCUACUACGGGGAGUACGUUUUUAUCGCCUUCCAAUACCUUGUUAUUGUCCUCCGGUUUCUAGCGUCAUGGCCGGAAAAUGCUUUGUUAUUCCUCAAAACAUGCUUUUCUGGUUCAUCUCAUGCAAAAGAGUCAGACGCUCGGUCCUUUGCACCGGAAGGCGUUCUCUUUGAUAUCUCUAGAAGGACCAAAACUUCGUCCGUACUCUACCCGUCAUUUCCGCAGAAGCCUCUCCUGUGCCCAGUGGCAUGUCUACGGGAAUAUGAACUCCGUACGGCUUCGCUCCGAAAUCCUAUGAUACCUCAAUUAUUCAUCUCUUUCCACAAACCACACCUUCCAGUAUCCUUUCCUUCUUUGGCCAGAUGGGUCAAAUGGAUUAUGAUGUUAGCCGGCAUUGAUACUUUCGUAUUCUCUCCACAUUCUGCCCGAGGAGCUAUGGCCUCUAAAGCUUCUGCGGUUGGAUGCCGACUAGACGAUAUUCUACGAGCUGCCGAUUGGUCAUCGGAAUCUACAUUUUGAGAUUUUUAUUUCAAGCUGAUUGAACACUUUGCUUGAAUAGUUAUUUCACAGCUUUAUACCAGCAUAAUAGGAGCCUCCAUGUCUUAAUAAAAUUACCAGAUUUUACUAUUUACAUGACGUAAAUUCAUGAUUUUAUUAACGACACGGAGACGAUUAUUAUCCCUCCCUCCCACCCUUCCCUGGAUGGUAGUUACCUGGGUAAGUUACUUACGGUAAGUUUCUUUGGUUUGGGUUUGCUCAAUGAUAAGGUGAUUUGGUUUGAAUUUCUCAUGUCUGUAUCCAUCUCCAAUAUGUUGACUGAAUACAAUUUUAACUCAGAUAUAGCCUAUUCACUUACAUGGCGUUAUUUUGUGCAUGAAUCCAGUUUUAUACUUGGAUAUUACCAUAUUCUAUUCUCUCUUACAGCUUGACUUGGAAACCCGUUUGCUGGUGGCAUUAUCCCCUUAUUGCAGUUCCUUUUUUGGUUGGAUGGUUCUACAAGUUCGGGAUCGCUAGAAAGAGGAAAUAGUUCAGGGAAUACCGCCUAUUAUGCUGGAGAAUGGAACCUGAUUGGAUGUUGGUUGCCAUGGAAGAUAUAUGUUACUGACUGUUUCCAGUGUUUAUUUCAUUGUUAAAAUUUUAUUUGCUGCUGAAGAAAAUAAAGAAAGAAUGCCUCAUAAUACUCGCCUCCAUGUCGUUAAUAACAUCAUGACUUUACGUCAUGUAAAUAGUAAAAUCUCGUAAUUAUUCAAAAACUACAAUGGUUACCAUUGCAAGGUUAAAAUGACACUUGAGAUGAAGUGGCUUGGGUGACUAUAGUAUUCCUUCAAUGAAAUUAACAAACUGCUAAUGUGAAAAAAAAAAAAAAAUAUAUAUAUUUAUUAGAUGGUAAUAUUGGGACAACACGUGAUCAGGCCAGUGAUACCUAUUGGCAAUUAAUUACAGGUGGCAAAGAUACCCUAUGGAAUUUCCUUUGGCAGACAGUAAAUGCAGAUACAGGGAGAGGGAACAGGAUCAUGGGAGGAACAUUUUUUCAUUUAUGAUAUGUACAUUUCUUCUCAUUUUCUAUUUAAGAAACAAUAUUCUUCAAAUGAGCACAAUAAUGUUAGGAAUACACACAUGUACUCUGCUAGCUGUUUAAGGCAGUUUUACUUACCUUUUCUAAAUUGCCACAGUGCUUUCUCCAUGACUAAGAUCAUCAAUCUUGAUCAUUGCAGCCAAUUCAAUGCUUCACCAACUGAGUUUUAGUAUUAGUAUUAGUCCAGUACUGAAGAAGCAAAAUAAUUAAGUUUUUCAGUUUCUUGUAAUACCUUUUUUGUUGGACUAACAGAAGUUUGCAGGGGUAAAUGUUAGGGAGUUCCUCCCUUGAUCCAGUCUAAAGCAUAUGGAAGUACUAUAUAGGAAACAAAUGGGAAGCUGGAGUGUUGACACUGCAAAUCGAUGUGCUACAACAAUCAGAUCAAAUCUAAGAGCAGCAUUUGAUUGAGAACAAAGUUUGACACGAAAACAGCCACUAAAAGUGUGUUUAACCCUGCAAUGUACAAAUCCAUAAAAGGAAGCAUCAUUUUGCAUUGGAAUAAGUAUAAACUUCUGUGAAAUAUACCAAAACAAUAUCUAAUUUAUUUACUAUAAUUAUGAUUGUGUUAGGUGUUAUAUUAUAACAGGCUUUCUGCAGUUGCGGUUUUAAAAAUAAAAGUUGGAACCCUUGUAUACAAGAAAAUAUAUGUAAAAGAGAACUUUACGUGGCAUCAAAACAUGACAUUUGGUCAAACCAGUCUUCCAUGUAUUGAUAAGACAAACCAAUGCAUUAUAUAACUUGCUGGUUAUAUCUCUUUUUUUAAUGUCAUUUGUAGUGAUACAUCAUGUGAUAUGGUAACAUGUGUGGGCUAGAAGGGUAGCUAUAGAUAUAAACUAGAUGGAUAAAGCCUUAGGUGUAGACUAAAUGACCUGCUUGCCAGGGGUUAGCAGACUUGCUAACCCCCACUGCCCCAUAUAUACUUAAGAACCUGAUAUAUAAUAUGGUGAAUCUCUUUUUCAGCCAUUAAUGUCUAUUGUUGGCUUAUUGCUCCCUCAAAUCUGAGCUGGAAUUUGUGGCAUGUGCCAUUGUCUCCCUUCAGGUCAUCUAAAUAUAGAGCAAGUGUCUUGAUUAAUCAACUAUGCUAUGGCCAAUUAAAGAGGGAAACAUUAAUUAAGUAAUAACUAAUGGGAGAAUGAUUGAAGAAGACUGAGUGGGAAUCCAACUCAGUGGCCUUCAAAGAGACAAGGGGCAUACACUGCACAGAUAUGCUUGAUGAUGCAACAUAUUUUAAAAUGCUUUUUGCUUUCAUAUUAAUUAUGUAUAUUUCCAGAAAACCGUAAGGGCUCUGAUGCUGAAGUGGCACUAAGGACGGAACUCAGCUCAUUUCCAUCCCAAUACAUUUGGUCAAUGCAAUAAUGUUCCCAUCUCUAAAUUUUUAUUUAAUUUUUUUAUUGUUAUUUUAAGGCCAUCUCAUGGAUCAAUAUAACAAUAUAAUCAUUAUGAAGUCCUUGUAGUUCGUCACACAGAAUGCUCACUACUUUUGCAGUAGCUGUUUCUGGUUUGCUGUGAAAAUAUACUCAGAGGGCAAAAUACAAAACCUCAACCAAAGAAAGUUAGAAAAAAGUAGAUGAAUAUCCCUAACUAACUCAAAGGUAAGGUUAGAAAUCUCUCUCUCUCUCUCUCUCUCUCUCUCUCUCUCUCUCUAUAUAUAUAUAUAUAUAUAUAUAUAUAUUAAUUCGUUAUGUCAGUCUAAAAUUAAAAAAAAAUCCAAAGAGCUCAAUACGUCUCAAAUGUAUGACUUCUGACUUCCCAAAUUAAUUACAUUUUGUGCUUGAUAAAUUUGGUUAAUUUUGGAUAGUUCAUUGUUUUAUUUUCAUUGAAAUUGCUAGAUGUCUGCAGUUCACGUUACCUUAGAAGUCAUAAAUAAAUAAUUAAGGGCCUAUUGACUAAAGGCUAAGUUGCAGUGAGUUUGUCAUCUUAAGUGGUGACUUGGGGAAAAAAUCUCCAAGUCAUCUAGUCAUUAACGGCAAGUCAUGAGCUUUAAUGAAACACUUCUCAGCUCGGGUUUUCACCAACUUCUAUCUGAAUAUGUUGUCAAAUUAAGAGACAGUUCACAGAUUUCAGAUUGUGUUAAUAUGUUAUUAAUGUUAUUACAAAUAAUAAUAGUAAUAAUAAAAAGGAAGUUGUACCCCACAUGCCCUCAUCACCAGCAUAUCAUUGAAUCUCUCUCUUCUUCACACAUUCUAUGUGCUUCUGGCAGGCCAUAAGAAAAAGAAUGUGACCACCAUGUGUUCUUACAAAUAAAGAGGGGGCAUUAACAUAUUCCACCUUCUCCCCUCACAUCUUGUGUAAAGGUUGAAUUUCAAAGGGUUAUUCACUAAAGUGAGAAUUCAAAGUGAAUUUCACAUUUCAGGUAGCUGAACUGUAAGCAUAACUGAAAGAAGGUUUCUACUUCUGCUAUUUGACCUCAAAUUUGAAAUUCUCAUCUUGAAUAAGUGAAUAACCCUGAAAGAGAUAAUUGUAUACAGCAAGAUUUUUGAUGCCAGUGAUGAACUAUUGCAGAUCUGUAGUUAAUCACAUAUAAUAAACCUACAGAGGUUCACACUGCUGGUAUAAAUAGCAGCAGCAGAGGUUUUAUUUGAUAUAUAAGUCAUCUCUACUACUCUGUAUCAUGUACAAACAAAAUGUACUGUAUGUGGCAAUCUGGCAAAAACCGACAGUCCUUUUACUAUUUUACUUUUAUGAAUGAGUCCAAAAAAGGUUCUAUUGUAAGAAAACAAAGACAAAAACACACUCAUAAUAUUAUGAAAAUUAUUAUUGGACUAUAUCAUUGAUAAGAACAGCAAGCCUAAUGCUUGUAUCUACGUAUUGCACUAUUUAUGUUCACGACAUGUAAUAUAUGUGUUUAUUUUAUAUAUGCAUCAAUGUAAAAAAAAAGUUUAAAAAAAAAGAAAUAUAGAUUUUGACACAGUCCCAUCUAGCAAGCCCAUUCCUAAAUUAAAGAGCAGAGACUUUAGUUUUGAUUGUAUUCUGUCCUCAGGGUAGCAGUAAGUUGAUCCUGAAACGUUCUGAAUUUUCUCCCUGUUCUGCAGGAAGUCUAUAUAAUGUAUCUACAACUCUUUCUGUAAAUUUGCUGAUGUUAGCCAUCCAUUCCUGUCCCUUCAUAUGCUUUUGCUCAGUCUAACAGAUAUUCACCAACUAUAUAUUAAAUAUCCCUUUACUCAAUGUUUUCUAUAGCAAGGGCUUUUCAGUCUUUCUUGAUACGUAUAUUUAAUUUCUGUAGUCUUCCUUUAAAUGGUCUUCAGAUAAUGUCUUUCUGAAGACAGUUACUUAUCUGUUGUAAUAAUGAUAUUGAAUGAGCAUGUCACUAAGUCAAGUUUUAUAUAAAGUAGCUUAACAGCUUUGGAAACAGUUAUAUUAAAAGUGUGACAAUUGAAACAUAUCCCAGUGUAUGUUUAACUAAAAUGUUUAAGUGAACCCGUCAUGAGUUAUAAAAGUUAGGUUAAAUCACCAAAUACAUUAAAUACAUUAUAUGUCACGAAGGUACAUGAUGAAUUUAAUGUCAAAUUUAGAGAUAUCACUCACCAUACCUCUACUUCAGUGCCGCAAUUCCUUGUCUUUGUGAGUGUUAUUGUUCAUGUAACACCCACGUCCGGUCCUGCCGCGCUCCCUUAUAUAAUUUGUCAAACAUGUGAACCCUUCCCCAGACUUGGAAAGCCUCCUGUGUGACAGCAACACCCUGGCCUCAUUACCGAUAUCUGAACGGAGUCACAUGAGUCACUCCACUCCUAUACUCUGUAACCAGUUCGCGUAACGUGGGCUAGGGAAAUUCCAGCGCAUCCAAUGGGAGGUCUUUUUUUGCUUUCAUUUCUCAGUCAAAUCAUCAGCAUAGUGUCUGUUUGGCUGAGAAGUGGGAGAAAGACAUAUUUUUGAAUAGGUUUUUCUCCAAAUCUAUAUAUUUGCUAGCAAAACUGCCAAUACAAUGUAUAUAAUAAAUUGUAUGCUAUUCAAAAUGAGCAAAAAUUGUGCGGUGGGUUACAGGAACUCUUUAAAGCUGCUAUAUUAUACCACCCUCAGAAAAUGUUAACAUUUCUAAACGCUAAAAUCAUUUCAAUAAGAUUCCAAUCCAGUAAAAAAAACAGCAUAUUGUUCCCCAAGAGCCUUAUAUGAUACCUACCUUGAAGCUAGAUGCCUGGUUACUGAAAUUAUAGUCACUUAAAGGGACAAUCCAGGCACCAAAACAACUUUAUCUAAAUUCAGUUGUUAUGGUGCAGAGAGGACACUGGGAGCAUGCUUACCUCAAGGGGUUAAACGGUUUUUAAACGGUUUAACCCCAAUGUUGCCUCCAGUGGUGAUCCCUGUUUCCCUCCCCCCACCACCCCCCACCCCAUCGUGAGAUCCGGCUUCGUUGCAUGGCUGAGAGCAGUAACCUGACUCUCUCAUCCAAUCAGUUACUUACCAUUCACAAAACUGGCUUGGAAAGAAAUAACUGCUCUCAGCCAGUCAGCGGCGCCCUUGCUCUUCGCUUCCUGAAAGUGACAUUUCAAAAGCUGGAUGCCGAGCUGGGGGCAGCUGAAAACGCCACUGGAGGCAACUUUUAAACUGUUUGAGAAUGGUUUAACCCAUUGAGGUAAGAGAGCUCUCAGGUGCCUCCUGUCACCAUAACAACUCAAUUUAGAGGACGUUUUGGUGCCUGGAGUGUCUUUAUAAGCGUGAAUCAGCACAAGCAAUGCGUCAUAUGUCAUAUCUAACAUAACAUAUAUUUAAAUAGCAAAAGGGUAAUAAAAAAAACUUGUUACUGACUUGCUAUGUAAAAAUGUGUUUAACCUUUAAAUUUACAGGUUGAUGUGAGAUAUAUAUAUAUAUAUAUGUAUACACUGCUCAAAAAAAUAAAGGGAACACAAAAAUAACACAUCUUAGAUCUGAAUGAAUUAAAUAUUAUUCUUAUAUACUUUGUUCUCUACAUAGUUGAAUGUGCUGACAACAAAAUAAAAAAAUGGAAAUCAAAUAUUUCAACCCAUGGAGGUCUGGAUUUGGAGUCACACUCAAAAUUAAAGUGGAAAAACACACUACAGGUUGAUCCAACUUUUGAUUUAAUGUCCUUAAAACAAGUCAAAAUGAGGCUCAGUAGUGUGUGUGGCCUCCACGUGCCUGUAUGACUUCCCUACAAUGCUUGUGCAUGCUCCUGAUGAGGUGGCAGAUGGUCUCCUUAAAGAUCUCCUCCCAUACCUGGACUAAAGCAUCUGCCAACUCCUGGACAGUCUGUGGUGCAACGUGACGUUGGUGGAUGGAGCAAGACAUGAUGUCCCAGAUGUGCUCAAUUGGAUUUAGGUCUGGGGAACGGGCCGGCCAGUCCAUAGCAUCAAUGCCUUGGUCUUGCAGGAACUGCUGACACACUCCAGCCACAUGAGGUCUAGCAUUGUCUUGCAUUAGGAGGAACCCAGGGCCAACCACACCAGCAUAUGGUCUCACAAGGGGUCUGAGGAUCUCAUCUCGGUACCUAAUGGCAGUCUGGCUACAUCUGGCGAGCACAUGGAGGGCUGUGCGGUCCCCCAAAGAAAUGCCACCCCACACCAUCACUGACCCACUGACAAACCGGUCAUGCUGGAGGAUGUUGCAGGCAGCAGAAUGUUCUCCACUGCGUCUCCAGACUCUGUCACGUCUGUCACAUGUGCUCAGUGUGAACCUGCUUUCAUCUCUGAAGAGCACAGGGUGCCAGUGUUGAAUUUGCCAAUCUUGGUGUUCUCUGCCAAAUGCCAAACAUCGGGCCCACAUACCACCCUCAUGUAGUCUGUUUCUGACCAUUUGAGCAGACACAUGCACAUUUGUGGCCUGCAUGAGGUCAUUUUGCAGGGCUCUGACAGUGCUCCUCCUGUUACUUCUUGCACAAAGACAGAGGUAGCAGUCCUGCUGCUGGGUUUUUGCCCUCCUAUGGCCUCCUCCACGUCUCCUGAGGUACUGGCCUGUCUCCUGGUAGCGCCUCCAUGCUAUGCUGACAUACACAGCAAACCUUCUUGCCACAGCUCGCAUUGAUGUGCCAUCCUGGAUGAGCUGCACUACCUGAGCCACCUGUGUGGGUUGUAGACUCUGUCUUAUGCUACCACAAGAGUGAAAGCACCGCCAGCAUUCAAAAGUGACCAAAACAUUAGCCAGGAAGCAUAGGAACUGAGAAGUGGUCUGUGGUCACCACCUGCAGAACCACUCCUUUAUUGGGGGUGUCUUGCUAAUUGCCUAUAAUUUCCACCUGUUGUCUAUCCCAUUUGCACAACAGCAUGUGAAAUUGAUUGUCACUCAGUGUUGCUUCCUAAUUGCACAGUUUGAUUUCACAGAAGUGUGAUUGAUUUGGAGUUACAUUGUGUUGUUUAAGUGUUCCCUUUAUUUUUUUGAGAAUUGUAUAUAAACACACACCAAAAGAGAUGUGGUGGGGAAAAAAGUGUGGCUGAAAACCCCUUCCACCUGAAAUAAGUGGAUAGUUAAUAAGUUAAAUAAGUGGAUAGUUAAUGUUUUGUUGAGCUCGUUUGCAUACGCCCACCCAGAAUCCCUUGCAAUAGUGAAAGCACUGUUAAAGUGAGAUUUCUGUGGUAAAAGCAAUCCUCAUGACUUGACUGGUGUGUGCAGAUUUGUGUUUUUCAAACAAAGCUCCAAUAAGAGGUACCCAGUAUCCCGCAUUUCAGUAACAGGUAAGAAGGUUUACCAUUUUACGUUUUCUCUUGAGGCUUCAUUCAGCCUCCACGGCCUCAUACAGCCCCCCACCUCUCAAAGUGGGUUCUAAACUUCGAGACGUAUCUGGUCUAAGAUUCCUCACAAAUGUCAACAAUAAUCUCAUAAUCAUAAUCCACCGUAUUACUACUAUAUUUAACGGUACAUGUUUUGUCAUUUCAUUUCUACAUAUCAUUACUUAGACCCGUGUCAUUACCACAGCUCGCCAAGUCCUACGCCAUCGACAACCUACAGGCUACCUGGUUCCCUGCUUUGCAGUAUCAGGUAUUGGUAAUCUUACGGACCAACGUUCAGGUCCCUCAGCUUACCCGAGUUCUUACGUUACGGUAUCUCUGAUACACACCUACCCAUACGUUCAACAUUUUUACACUCAUUAUACCAGUGGCACGCCUCAGGCCCACUAGCAUCUUUUUCCCUAAGGUUUCCCGGACCGUGUCCAUUCCCUGCAGAAGCAAGAAUAUAUGGUAAUCUUCCUGCACAUCAAAGAAAGAGGACAAACACUCAAGGUUUAAGUAUCUACAUACGUUAUAUCACACCAUUCUAAGAGACAAGCCCCAUCAGGCUAGAGAACUGGCAUUGAGGGUUAGGCGCUGGCCUUAGUUAUCCUAAGUAAUACUACGGUCCCCCGAGGACUACACCCCACCUCAUACAUGGAGGUUUUAGCCCAACGACCAAAUCAUAGUUAGCCACCUCUCUCGCCCUUCUUUAGGGCUACAGUUAAGGCCUCCCAAGUCACGGCUACACGUUUUGAAUCUCUUACAGUCACCGAGAGGCCGACAUCCUGCCACCACAUUCUAGUGGCGACAAAAUUCCCUCGGCCCAAAUCAUAGGUAGAGCCUCUCUCCGCCACUUGGCACUAGCAGGGCCUCACCUGCCACUUGGUUCUAGGUAAACUCUUUGCCUCGGCACUAGCUAGCAGGCCAGUUCUCAUCCACACCUCUAAGACACAUUACUUAUCCAAGUCAUUUUUUCUUUUUCAGAAUGUCACAAGUAUCCAUCCCAAUAAUCAGUCAGCUGUUGGACGGAAUACCCAGCACGCCAGUCUGGCAUGGGUCUCCAAAGGAAUCCCUCACCCCUUCUACCCUCAGUUCCUGGUACAUUCCAAAAAUAUAAACAGAGCUCAGCACAGUGGUAUUCCCUCCCCAGCCUCUACCAGUAAGGCAGAACUAAGCAGGCUCACGACGGCUCAGACCAAUGUUCCCAGGCCCGGCUCUAGUUCACAAGGGCCGUCAGCUUUCUCCUCAGAUUCCAAUCAGGAGACCCCAGUCGCUAUACUGGCCAGCCUCCAAAUGAUUAACAGGCUGAUAAAUGGAAUCGGCUAUAGUCACACCAGGUGUCUGUUUAAGCCCGGCAGGCCCUCACCUGGCGAUUUCGGUCAUACAGUCUGGCUUACCCCUCAUUUCCCUCCCCGUCCCCCACCACCCACUAUCAUUACUCCAUCCAUCUCACCGGCCCACUCUGUUCCAAUUUCCAUGGAGAAGGUAAUUCUCGAUGGAAAGGACGUUAAACUAACAUAACUACUUAACUACACAAGACACCCUUCAGUACUAAGGUUACAUUCAUGGCGACAUUUCAGUAGUCCUAAACAGCCAGACCACGACUUAACAAAGCUUUCCAUUCCUCUGUUUAUCAUUGCCUCUCGCAUAGAGUCAGCCACUUCCACUUCUCACCACUCCUUCACCCCACGCACUAGUCAGGGAGGCAGCCAGAGGGACUAGCCGGACUGACCAUUUCAUUUCUGGGGAAGCCUUGGGUGCACUAUUCUUUGAUUCGGGGGUAUGCUAUUUCACAACAUGCAGGGUUUUGCACAUCUGCUCCAGAACCCACACCUAAUCCACAUACGCUGACCGUCUGUCCCCUAAAAUACGCCCAACUAAGGUUAACAUUGAUAUCCUGGAAUACUAUCUACAUUUACACCCAGCUAGGCAUCUGGUAGAUUCUGGUGCCGGGUUUCUCACUGGGGUUCACACGGGCCUUAUCGCCAUUCCCACAGGUACAGUUGUAUGCCCUAACCUAUUAUCUGCACCCUUUGACCCUCUUAUGGUGGACCACCUUCUGUCCACAGCAGUCAUACGCUGGUUUCACGAUCGCCUCCUUCCGGUCUUCACACUUCUCAUCUUGGUGUACCAUUCUCAUCGAGGUAGCCAUGCACUAUACCCUAUAAUACUGAUCAUAGACCUCUUCCACACCGCACUCUACAUCCAUUCCCAGCAUCAAACUACCUCAUUCCCACUAUGAAGUUCUCACUGCACAACGAAAAUCGACCAUGCCAUACAAGCUAUCACUUCAGUAAGUAGUAAGGCUUGGUUGAGCAACGCCUUUAAUCUACUAAAAACAACAGAGAAACUUUGAAUUUAACAGGUGUUUACACCCUUUAAACCCUCAAUUUUCACAAGGGUAGCGCUAGGUAUAAAUAUAGAAAUGAGUGAAUACGUGUAUAUAGUGCUUAAAGGCACUUACCCUCUAUAUCACACUUGUAUUUUCAUGUACAUAUAGAGAGAAAAAAUAAAAAUAGAAAAUAUACAAAUGAUAGUGUAGUAUAUCAAAUAAAUGUCUCAAAGAAUUUAUGUGAGUUAUAAGUUUGAAUAAACUCACAUUUUUUAGAGCCUUUUACAGUUGUAAGGCUCUAAACUUCCAGACGUCUGUGUCUUUUGGGUAGAUCACACGACCCCUCUCUCAAGGCAAAAAAGCGUAUGUUCCUCUCCACAUUAUACAGAAAAAGACACAGAUGAUCCAAUCUAAGUGUAGUGUUUUGAAUACUGAUUAUAUCAAUAUAAAUAAAAUACAAGAGUGCUCUUGUUUAGAGCCUUUUGAUAACUGGCUCUAAGUAUAUAAGCCUAGUGUCAGUUUGUGGGGUGACACUGCCCCUCUCUGGAUUAAUCUACUACCUAUUCACCCUGCUCUAUGGCACCUGGCCUAUGUUCGGGCAGCCAUCCUCACUAACCAUUUUCGUGGCUGAUUUACACGCUGACUUGGCUGGCAGCAACCUCUCAGCUCUUUUUAGUCUGCCUUUACAUUCCUGGCAUCCACAACACAGCUUCUGACGCUCUUUCACGCUUAGUUUAAGGUCUUCUUUCAGGCACCCCCUACGGCCCACUACAUACCAUCCAGAAUACCACCAUUCCAUGAGCAAAUCUUGGAUUAAGCACACAAUUACACCUCGUACAGUUACGCACACUUCCGCAGUUUCACGACUACUCUAUCACUCACGCUAGGGCUUUGUAUAUUGUACCAUGUCACAAGUAGAGUUUGCUUGAUUCAUGACUCUUGCAGUUAAACUAUUGUAAUUUUUGCCUCUUCCUCUAAACCUACAAAUCAAGCAUCUUAUUUAUACCUCCUAUGCUGUCACUCCGUUUUUUACGUAUCCAAGGUCAGCCAAACACUAUCAGUACUAAUCCAUUACUUCACGUCUAAACCUUCCAUUAAGGUAAGCUACAUCAUGGCUUCCUUCGCUGGUCUCUCUUUUUCACAAAAGUGCUGCAUCAGCAGCUUCAAGCUCUUACACCCCAGUCUAAAUCACUAAGUGAUGGGGCCACAGGUAAUCCUCAGCUCAGUUACAUAUAUACCUCAAUCAGAGUAAAACUCCUUACAAGCUUUCAGUACACAAGCUGUAUAAACUUGCAAUAAAGUGUGUUUUUCUUUGAAUCCUCUUUUGCCCUCUUUUACAGGCCUACUCGUACGUUGGUUUUGUCACAACUCAACCAACUUUGCUUCUCCUUCCACAUUCCAUUACGUAUUAGAUAAGUUCAGAGCACAAGUUGGAAGGCCAUUUGGCCUGAAUUUGUGGGAGGAGUUAUGAUCCUAUAUAAAUCCGACCCCCCCUACUUACCUUUGUCGUGCAAGCUGUUUGUCCCUACCCACCUACACCUACCUAUAUUUAUUAACAAUUCACCUUGUGGGCCCUCUUUUACAGGCCAACUCGUACGUUGGUUUCGGCACACCUCAACCAACUUUGCUUCUCCUUCUACAUUCCAUUACAUAUUAGAUAAAUUCCGAGCACAAAUAUAUAUAUAUAUUAUCAUCUUCAACUUGUAAAUUAAAAGGUUAAACACAUUUCUACAAAAAGAAAAUCAAUUUCCUUGGGACCUGUGUUCAAUUCAUGGGCAUCUUAGAAAAGAAAAAGGAAAAAAAAUCCCCAUACUCACUAAGCACUGGCAGUGUAUCUAUUGCUUCAAGGUGACUGCAGCUUGCAGCAUGGGAGGUGGUUUUCAGAAUACGGUAUAUUGAUUGUCCUCCUUUUGGUUCGAGUAAUACAGCUUGGGAACAGACUGAGGAUUUUCAGUAAAAUUAGAUCAUUCGUUCUAAAUCUUAAUUGAUUACACUGCAAUCAUUGAUGAUGUCUAGAAAAUAAGAUACACUGUGUUUGAUGAACAAUGAACGUGCCCUUAUACAUCACUGUGGAAUUUGCUAGUAUUAGUGUAAAUAAUAAUAUUAAACAGGAUUAAAAUAAUACAAUUAAUUUUGGCAUACUUUCGUUCUCUAGGUCUAAAAGGAGACACUGGGGAUAUGGGAUUGCCAGGACCACAUGGACCAUCCGGCCCUCCUGGAGCAAAAGGUUAUAAGGGAGACAAGGGUAUGUAAGUGUGUUUAAUGAACAUGAAUUUGCAUUGAGUCAAAAUACUUACCCCUGGAGGGUGAACAGAAUGGAUGGUUAAUUGAUUUGUCAAAACGUCAAAUUACCACUUCUUUCUUACAAUAUUUCCUGAAGUAUCUCUGGGUCCUUUGGCUGGACAGGAGGGGAGUGUGCAUUGCAUGCUAGCAACGUGGCCAUGCUACAGGGAGACAUAUGGGCAGCUGGGGGGUAAGGAGGGAGGUGAAUAGCUGACUCUGCAUUUCUCAAUCAUGAAGUUCUCUACAAGCAAUCUUCUGCUGCCUUUCAAAUAGCCUAAGGAUAGGUCGGUCCACUGAGAAAUCGCCCGGUUUACUAGUGGACCACUCCAGUGCUGGGGACUAGGUACUUGUCCCAGAGAUUUUGCCCUUUGUACCUCCAAUUCUGGGUGCUAUCUCUAAAUAUAUCUGUAGUUAUCUAUCAUCUAUCUAUCUAUAUAUCUAUCUCUCUCUCUAUAUAUAUAUAAAUAUAUUUCUCUCUAUAUAUAUCUCUCUCUCUAUAUCUCUAUAUCUAUAAUACAACUGUAGAAAAUACCUGCACUACAACUUAACAAAAAAAUGAUACUUGGUGCUCUGAUGGCCAAACAAUAAAUAAAAAAAUAUAUAUACCGGCACUCCAAGGGUUUACUGUAGGAUUUCUUCUUUAUUCCACAAUCAUUAUCGAUGUUUCAGCUCCUGCAUGGAGCUUUCAUCAGGAUACCUGAUCAGGAUACCUGAUGAAAGCUCCAUGCAGGAGCUGGAACGUCGAUAAUGAUUGUGGAAUAAAGAAGAAAUCCUACAGUAAACCCUUGGAGUGCCAGUAUAUAUUUUUUUGAUUUUCUAUAUCUAUAGUAGCCGUAUUAGUCCAGUGAUGCAGAUGUAAAAAACAAAAAAAAAUUGUAUCUUGUAAUACCUCUUUCAGAUUUAAACUUUUUUAUUUUGUUGUAUGUGCAUAAACAUGGGUAAUAGGGGAUGGUACAGAAGGAAGGGAGGAAGGGGGUAGGGGAUCAUAAAGUCUCGAGUCGCAAGUUCCAAUAACAGUAUUCUUUUUCUUAUGUGGCUAUCUAAUACAUCGGCACUCCUGCUCUGUAUUAGUUUUAAUGCAUUUAGUACAAUGUGUCACAGUGUGGCUUAGAGUAGUUCAGCGUUCUAGCCUCAAUUCAAUUACCAUACCCAGUAGGCCUUCCACUUUUCCCACGCUAUAUCAAAUGCCUCAGUAUGUUUGGUGGAUAUAAGCAACAUUUUCUCAUACGUGUAAUAUUGCUUAAGUUUAUCCAGUAUGUGUGAUGUGGGUGGCCAUGUGGGCUGCUUCCAAUGCGUGGCUAUUUGGUUUCUAGCUGCCAUUAUGGUGAGCAAGAACGGUUGUUUGUGUGCGGCCUUUAUAGAGUUGGGUAGUUUUAAAAAAAAAGUCCUGCUUGGACAUCUAGGGAUGGCAAGUCAGGAUCCACCUUUGUGAAUACUUUGUUUACUGUGGUCUACAGUGGUUGUAUAUCCCUACAGCUCCACCAUAUAUGUGUCAUAUGGCCAUCCGCUUUUCCACAUCUCCAGCAGUUACUGGGUACUGUGGGAUAAAUUUUAUGUAGACUGCCAGACUGGGCCGCCACCAGAAAUUUUGGGGCCCCUAACUGAGCUCAGGGUCUGGGCACCUGGGGGCCCGCCUCCAAAACCGACCACAGAGACCGCCUCCAAAUCCCGCCCACAGGAAUACACUCACAGACACAAACACAUUCACUGAUGCAAAAGGACACAGAUACACACACACACACAGAUACAUACUAACAGACACACAUACUGAUACGCAUAUAGGCAUACAUACUGACACACACAUACUGAGACAUACACACAUAUACAGACACAUAGGCGUACAUAGUGACAGACACAUACUAACAUACAUACAGACACACAUACUGAUACGCAUAUAGGCAUACAUACUGACAUACACAUACUGAGACAUACACACAGGCGUACAUAGUGACAGACACAUACUAACAUACAUACAGACACACAUGCAUAAGGACAUACAGACACAUUCAUAAUGACAUGCAGACAUACAUACACUGACAUUCAUACACACAUAAUGACAUGCAUACAGGCAUACAGACAUGCAUAGAGACAUACAUACAUAUAGACAUACAUACAGACAUACAUUCAUACUGGCAUACAUACAUUCAUACAGACAGACAGACAUUCAUACAAACAUAAUGACAAGCAUACAGCCUUGAGACAUGCAUACAGACAUACAUACAUACAGACAUACAUUCAUACUGGCAAACAUACAUUCAUACAGACACUGACAUCCAUACAUACACACAUUCAUAAUGACAUGCAGACACACAUACACUGACAUUCAUACACACAUAAUGACAUACAUACAUUCAUACAGACAGACAUCCAUACAUACAGACAUAAUGACAUACAUACACAGACAUAGACAUACAUACAGAUAUAAUGACAUACAUACACACAGACAUAGACAUACAUACAGCCAUACAUUCACAUACACACACUCAGCUCAUUUUCCAGCCACCCUCCUGUCUCUUACCUUGUCUUUGCAAGAGAGUGGCUGGGGCUGAUGGGACUGGGAGUCGGCUAGCUCUCCCUCUUCAUUGCCGGGCGUGCGCUCCUCCCGCGUGGAGUGAGCUGGGAGGAAAUGACCACUUCCUCCCAGCAGAACUUGCGCUGUGGCAGCAUUUUUUUUUUAAAUCCCCCAUAUCUUCAGGGGCCCGGUCAGCGCUGUGGCCGUGGUAUUGCACGACCGGGCCCCUGAAGAUAUGGGGCCCAUUGGAUGGCUGGGCCACCCGAUGGGCCCCAUCAGUGUGCGGGCCCCGGUGGAACUGCACCGGCGGUGGUUCCGCCGCUACACAUGGGGCCCGGGCCGCUAUGACAACCGCUAUGGUUGUCACCCCCUGAUGGCGGCCCUGCUGCCAGACGUCAGGUACCAGCGGUAUACUAGCUUUUUAUGUGCUUCUAUGUGAGAAUAACAUUGAGUCUGUCCCUUUAGAGCCGAAAGGGAGUUGGACCAUUCUGUUUCGGUCCACAGUGUCCCUGUCUCAAUUGCCCACUGGGCCACAAAGGAGGGUGUUGGGUUGGGAGUACUCUGGACGAUAUUCCUGUAACAGGGAGAGAGAUAUUCCUGUAACUGGGUCCACAGUAGGUCUCUCAAUCUCCCUCCCCAGCAAUUUCCAUUUUCCAUGUCUACCCUGUAAUACCUUUUUUAUUGGCCUAAUGGAAUUUUGUAAUGACAAGCUUUCGGGAGAACCAUCCUUUCUCAAUUCUAAAGCAUCUAUCUAUCUAUCUAUAUAUAUAUAUAUUCAUUUGAAAGGAACAUGUAGAUCUCUCCAUUCCUGAUUCCAGGAAUUACUGAAGGAUUCUAUGCUCAUGACAAUUUUACUUUAAGUGUACGUUUGAACAGUUAUUAUACUAAGAUAUGCUUUGCAAUUUACCAGUGUUUUAUACUUAUUGAGCGCUGCAGGUAAGCAUACACUAAUGAGUCAUUUAUGGUAGGUAAUCGCCCUGUAUAACAAUUUCAGAAAAUCAUUAUCUUUAACCUGUUUGAUACUUUGAUUGCAAGAUAUGAGUGAAGUAUUAAAUAAGUCUCUGGCACCUAUGAUGUUAAUAAAGAAUUAGAAAAAUGAAUAUGCAAGUGCUGCACUGGUUAAAAAUACAAUUCUGUAAUGGUCUCUUCAUUUAACCACUUGAAUACCAGAAAGCUUAGCAAUGCUCAGCAAUCACAUGCACACAAACGGUUAAUAUAUACAAUUACAGUUGUAUUUCUGCAAGUCUCUUUAGUAGAGGUUAUUUUUGUUCUGCUGGAAGCAUUUAGUAAACCACAAUCUCGGAUUAUGCCUUCCAGUAUAGAAAACGUUAGUUACUUAAUAGCCUUUACAAUUAUAGUUCAAAGCCAAACUCCCAACUUGCAAUGCCACAAGUGCAAUGAAAUACCCAAUACUGACUAUGUCCAGAGGUAAUGAUCUCAUAUAUAACAAAAAGAGAACUGCACUAAUUGCAGCAUUACAGUGUUAAUUACUCAACCAGCUCUAGUUCAUUAACUGGCAUUCUUCUUGUUCAUUAUAGCAAUGCAGAAUACACAGCCCACACAACUGCAUGAACAUAAAAAACCUAACAGGGUUUGUAAGUCAUUACAAGUAUAGUUUACUAGAAGAAAGGUUCUCCAUCAUCUAAAAUGAGAUUUAAAGAACAUUCUUAAAAAAAAAAAAAAAAAAAAAGAAGCAUUUCUGAGUUUGAUUAGCAUGUCAAUAGUUUGUCUUUGUGCUUUCCUCUAUUUAUCUGCGUGUUUCUGCUUACAUGACUGUCUCUUUAUUUCAGGGUAUCUCUGUUAUUUCUCUGCCUGUCUGCUUGCCUUCUUCUAUCUCGUUCACUCUCUUUAUUUACUUACCUCUCUACAUGUCUGUCUGUCUAUAUCUGACUACUUGUAUGUACCAUCUCCAUGUACCUCUCUACCUUCCUCUUUCUAUUUCUGCCUGCCUCUCUCUGUCUGUCUCAUGCCGCAUCUUCUUUACUUUUUCCUCCCUUCUUUUCUCUCUGUCAGUCUGUCUGUCUCCCUUUCUCAGCAUACCUGACAGUCUGUUCACAUAAGAGAUGAUCUAAAACAUCUCAUGUUCCCUAAAUUCCCUGGUAAAAACACCUAAGUGGCGUUAUUUUGUUGAGUAGUGAGAAAACAAGCAGCCAUGAGAUGUCUUUUAAAAGCCCCAACAUCAACACAAUUGGAACUGGCAGUGCAUUUGUCUUUUAUGACUUUUCAAUUGCUGCUAGAAGAAACUCUGAUUGAAAUAAUUUGGUUUACUAAGAAUGCAAGGCAGUACUCGUAAGUUGGGCUGAGCAGUGCAUCCACCAGGGGUUAUUCUUCAUAAUAGAUCUGCACAAAAUACAAUUGUAUCAACAAUUCCCAUUCACAAUGGCUGGCCUCUUUCCACUGGUACGUUUUACAAUAACUGAAUAGAAUUCUGGGCAUGCCUAAUCAAUUAGCAAGAAAACAUUUAACCAUUUGUUGUUGAGAGAAUGAUGUAACUGUACUCGCUGUAACCAGGCCUCCUUAAAACUUUUAUCGUAUAUAUAAAUGAUUCCUCGUUAGUUGUAUUGUACUAAUAAGUGCACUUGGUAUGGUAUAAUAUAGUACUUUCAUUCACCAGUGUGCAGGGCAAAGCACGAAUAGGGAGCAAAUGGAGAUAUAUCUUCGUGCUUUCUGUUGCGGGAUCACAUGAAGAUUAAGAUGUUCGAGUUUAGAUAGCACUGAGAUCCCCUUACACAGGUGACAAUGCUUAGAACAUUUGACAGAUAAAAUAUAAGAUUAUGUGCCGUUAUGGAGUUGGGACAUUCUGCUGCAUGUUAGCAGAAUUUGCUCUGUGUUUCUAACCCUCUUUUUAUUCAUAAAUCCAGGAACUGUGGACAAUUGAGUGCAGCUUUUAGACAAAAAUAUCUGCACUAAAGGUACAGGAUUAUUGCCUACUUUUACAGUUAUUUUACUCUAAAACACACAAAUCUUUUAAAUCUAAAAUUCUAUCAAUAUCUCCAUUUUGUGAAUACCAUACUUAAACUCAUUUUAGUGUCCUUUUUACUGAGAGCUGAGUGACAGACCGAUACAAUUUGGUUGUGAACAUGUGGCUGUUUUGACCAAAUGUAACCUAUUUAGCUGUUCAUGAAUAUUCACAAAAUUUGCUCUACUAUUGCUGUUUGAUUACCUAAUAAAACUGGCAACAUCUCUAUGUAUGCACUGACAAAUGAGUUGCAGCUAAAUUUAAUUAUUUUAAAUAAUUUCCCCUAAUCAAGUCACCCUCAUAUAACCCCAAAACUCCAUAUACAGUUGCAGGAAAAAGUAUGUGAACCCUUUGGAAUGAUAUGGAUUUCUGCACAAAUUGGUCAUAAAAUUUAAUCUGAUCAUCAUCUAAGUCACAACAAUAGACAAUCACAGUCUGCUUAAACUAAUAACACACAAAGAAUGAAAUGUUGCCAUGUUUUUAUUGAACACACCAUGUAAACAUUCACAGUGCAGGUGGAAAAAGUAUGUGAACCCCUAGACUAAUGACAUCUCCAAGAGCUAAUUGGAGUGAGAUGUCAGCCAACUGGAGUCCAAUCAAUGAGAUGAGAUUGGAGGUGUUGGUUACAGCUGCCCUGCCCUAUAAAAAACACACACCAGUUCUAGGUUUGCUUUUCACAAGAAGCAUUGCCUGAUGUGAAUGAUGCCUCGCACAAAAGAGCUCUCAGAAGACCUACGAUUAAGAAUUGUUGACUUGCAUAAAGCUGGAAAUGGUUAUAAAAGUAUAUCCAAAAGCCUUGCUAUUCAUCAGUCCACGGUAAGACUACUCUCCCUAGGAGUGGCCGUCCUGUAAAGAUGACUGCAAGAGCACAGCGCAGACUGCUCAAUGAGGUGAAGAAGAAUCCUAGAGUGUCAGCUAAAGACUUACAAAAGUCACUGGCAAAUGCUAACAUCCCUGUUAGCGAAUCUACAAUACGUAAAACACUAAACAAGAAUUGAUUUCAUGGGAGGAUACCACAGAGGAAGCCACUGCUGUCCAAACAAAACAUUGCUGCACGUUUACAGUUUGCACAAGAGCACCUAGAUGUUCCACAGCAGUACUGGCAAAAUAUUCUGUGGACAGAUGAAACCAAAGUUGAGUUGUUUGGAAGAAACACACAACACUAUGUGUGGCGAAAAAAAGGCACAGCACACCAACAUCAAAACCUCAUCCCAACUGUGAAGUAUGGUGGUGGAGGCAUCAUGAUUUGGGGCUGCUUUGCUGUGUCAUGGCCUGGAUGGAUUGCUAUCAUCGAAAGAAAAAUGAAUUCCCAAGUUUAUCAAGACAUUUUGCAGGCGAACUUAAGGCCAUCUGUCUACCAGCUGAAGCUCAACAGAAGAUGGGUGUUGCAACAGGACAAUGACCCAAACAUAGAAGUAACUCAACAAUAGAAUGGCUUAAACAGAAGAAAAUACGCCUUCUGAAGUGGCCCAGCCAGAGUCCUGACCACAACCCGAUUGAGAUGCUGUGGCAUGACCUCAAGAAAGCGAUUCACUCCAGACAUCCCAAAAAUAUUGCUGAACUGAAACAGUUCUGUAAAGAGGAAUGGUCAAGAAUUACUCUGUUGUGCACGUCUGAUCUGCAACUACAGGAAACGUUUGGUUGAAGUUAUUGCUGCCAAAGGAGGUUCAACAAGUUAUUAAAUCCAAGGGUUCACAUACUUUUUCCACCUGCACUGUGAAUGAUUACAUGGUGUGUUCAAUAAAAAUAUGGCAACGUUUCAUUCUUUGUGUGUUAUUAGUUUAAGCAGACUGUGAUUGUCUAUUGUUGUGACUUAGAUGAUGAUCAGAUCACAUUUUAUGACCAAUUUGUGCAGAAAUCCAUAUCAUUCCAAAGGGUUCACAUACUUUUUCUUGCAUCUGUACCUAUAAUAUUAGUAAGUUAAAAAUGUAUUAAAAAUAAUAUCAGGAAGUAUUACUUUACUGAGAGGGUAGUGGAUGCAUGGAAUAGCCUUCCAGCUGAAGUGGUAGAGGUUAACACAGUAAAGGAGUUUAAGCAUGCGUGGGAUAGGCAUAAGGCUAUCCUAACUAUAAGAUAAGGCCAGGGACUAAUAGAAGUAUUUAGAAAAUUGGGCAGACUAGAUGGUCUUAUCUGCCGUCACAUUCUAUGUUUCUAUGUCUCGGUCACCCCAACCCCAUAUUCUCCUAAAUCCACUAUUAUCUAGCAGGGAGUUCUAGUUCAGAUAUACUUUAUCUGAAAAAUGUUUACAUGAAUUCCAUUCGAAAUACCAAGGACCCAUUCAGCUCACUGCAGUUUCAGUUUGGUUGGUAGUGAAUAAAAUGAUGCACAACUGGAUUUUAUCUGCGGACAGAAGUGAGUGAAGCCAUUUAGUGAAUAGAUAACACACGUGUUCAAGUAUGUAUCUGUAUAACUUGUGACAUUUUAUGGAUAGUAUUAAUUAAUUAUACCAAUACAUUUUUCUGUUCUGAGUAGGAUCAGUAAAUAUUUGUCUCUAUUUAGGGGAGAAAGGGGAGCAUGGGGAGCAAGGACCUGGUGGAAGCCCAGGAAUUCCAGGAAGGGCAGGAGAAACAGGUAAAUGAUAAUGAAUGAUACACAAUUAUGUUUGUAUGUUUCUCAUUUUGCUUCUCUUGUAAUGAAACCAUGCUCCUGUGACCUCCUUUCAAAUUGAUUCCAUUGAAGGUGAACUAUUCCCAAUGGAGCUUUCUCGGAUACAUACCUUGUGCAGGCAGGCAUACAUUGAAAGUCAUCUGUUUGAUGUUCACGCAGACAUGCUUUUGUUUUAAAAAAAAAAUGCUGUUUAAAUAAUUGAUUUAACACUUUAUUCGCUGCAGGAGGUGUGUAGCACAUUGACGCACUUGUUCCCUCGAGCAAGAAGGUGAUAAUAUCACUUUUAGUAUUCUCAAUAACUACAAAGUAAUCAUAAAAACACAGAUGCUUGUCGGGUAUGCUGCUAAAAUUGGUACUAUUUAAAUACACUUUAAUUACGGCAAGCGCGUAGACGAUGUACACCUGUCACCAGUGAACUAGUACAACAUUUAUAUUAUAUUUGUGUUUGUUCCAAGCGUAACCUCCUAACUUGAAUUAAAUUGCCUUGGCUUGAUUCAUUAAAUUUACCAUAACCUUUUUCUUAUGUAUGAAAUUGUUAUUUUCUGUAGAGGUGUGAUAAAAGCUAAGGAGCCUGAUUUUAACCCUUUAAUUAACAAGGUUAGACAAAUCCUUUCUUAUCAUGACAGUCCGGAUGUGACACAGUCCCGAAGAGCUUAAUCAAAUAAUGCAAUCUUAUCUAGAGUAAACAAUUCACUCUUCUACGAGUAAACAAUCCACACUUGUAAUCACAGGAUAUUAACGUCAAUACGAAAUAGAAAAUAUGUCAUGAGUGACGCCAAAGCCUCAGUCAUUUUACAAUUUUCUUGUUAUGCCUGCCCACUAAUGUACUUUAAAGGUACCUAUGAAAAUGUCCAUAUAUACUGAAGUAAAAGAUAGUUUUGCAUCCUACCUGGGGUAAAACAAAUAUUUGUUCUAAUCAUUUUUGAUUAUUUUUAUAUAUUUUUAGGUGAAAUAGGUGCAAAAGGUGAAAAAGGAAAUCUUGGACUUGCUGGUGUUAAAGGACAGAAAGGAAACAAAGGAGAUAUUUGUGAAAAUGGUACAAAAGGAGACAGAGGAGAAAAAGGGGAGCAAGGUUUUAUAGGUGUAGAUGGAGAAAAAGGAGACAAGGGUGAGAAAGGAGAUAUUGGUGAUAAAGGGUAUUCUGGAGAUAUUGGAGAUAAAGGAGAUAUGGGAGAGAAAGGAGAAAGGGGAUUAAAGGGGGAUAAGGGGAUUAAAGGUGACAUGGGUUUUAAUGGAAUAAAUGGUUUAGAAGGUGGACGUGGUGAAAAGGGAGAGCCAGGCAUGAAAGGGGAGAAAGGAGAGUUGGGUCUCCCUGGUUUAACUGGUCCACCUGGACCUAAGGGAAAUUAUGGCAGCAAGGGAAUUCGAGGAACACCUGGAAAAAAAGGAUCGAGGGGAUUAAAAGGAUCAAAGGGUGAUUCGCCAAAGCCUAUAAGGUCUGCUUUUACUGUAGGUUUAUCAAAGCCUUUCCCAGCACCUAAUGCACCUGUAAAAUUUGAUAAAAUAUUGUACAAUGAACAAGAAGAAUACAACCCUUCUACAGGAAAGUUUAAUUGUACCAUAUCUGGUACCUAUGUGUUUGCAUUCCAUGUGACAGUUCGAGGUCGCCCAGCUCGUAUCAGUAUUGUUGCCCAAAAUAAGAAAAUUUUUAAAAGUCGUGAAACCCUAUAUGGUCAAGAAAUAGACCAGGCCUCGGCCAUGUUGGUGUUAAAAUUAAAUGUUGGGGAUCAAGUCUGGAUGGAAGUUUCGAGAGAUUGGAAUGGUAUUUAUGUCAGCAAUGAUGAUGACAGCAUUUUUACAGGAUUUCUGUUGUACCCUGACGAUCCUGUUGAGACUGAAUUAGUCUGAUAAAGAAAGUAAACCUUAUUAUAUAGAUUAGUUGUUAUUUUUAUAUAACAACUCUAAUUAUAUAGAAGGGACAGAAAAAUGUAAAAGUAGAAAUAUUGUUGAAGUCAGUAUUUUAAACAGUGGAUGAGUCUAAAAUUACUGAUCAUUACUAAAAAAUGUUAAUAUAAGGCUUGUUUAAAUCAGUAUGUAUGUACCAUUUAAGAUCUGCUAGACAUUUAUAACUUAUUGCCAAUAUUUGUAAUAAUUCAAUGCUUGACUCAAAUGGAAGAUUUUAUAUUAAAUCAAUGAUUGCAGCAGGGGAGUAAUCAUGUAGAUAGUAAAACUAGCUGUAAUAGUUGCUUAAUAUUGUGUACAACAAAAAUCACUAAUAAACAUGGUUUAUGGAAGAAUGAAUACACCUGUCACCUAUUAAUGUUUUAGUAGUUAUGGUUGUGUAACAAGUUAUAAUAUGUUAUUAGUGAGAAAACUACCCUCACUUACAAGAAUGGUAAAAUAUGUGUAGCUUGAUUCUUACACUGGAUGCAAUUAGAAAUAUAAAAUAUAGAACAGUAAUUAAGAGACUUCAAAACAGAUUCAAUGUGCACUUUUAGAGGUAAUAAUUAAAGGGCAGUUGGAGGAAAUAAAAGUUCAUACAACAUCUUUGCAGCUAUGUUGAACAUCAGUCCCAGUCAAAUAAAUGAGACUUGUGCCGUAUACAGAUAUUUUCAUAAGAACUUGCCCUUCAUGAAGCUUCCUUAAGCAUCUCAUCAGUAGUAAGUAGUAAUAUAUAAUUAUUUUUGUUAAUUAAUUUGCUUGUUGCCUUUUCAUAAAAAAAGAAGCCAAAAGUUUCUGUGCUUUGUAAUAAAAUAUAUAAGGCUACGAUGGCCAGUGAGCAAUGGAUGUGACAAUUUUCUACUCAAUUUUUCAAGACCAACUGAUAAAAGAUGCAGUCUUGAAAUCCCAUGGGAAGAAAUGAAACAUGUGAUGCCUUAGGAUGCACAUGAAAUGAUUCAUUGUCUAAUCUAAGAACGUUGUAAAUACAGCAAUGAUUCAUUGCUUUAAUAUUUCUUAUUGGCAAGGGUCACCUUUGAGGACACAUCCAUAGAAGGACCUAUGUGGACUCAAAGAUAAUGUAAAACAACAGUCACACGUAAUUAUCCAGUUGCUAAGGUAUAGCUAUGCAUAAAAAACACAAGCCAACUUCUAACCUACCUUGAAAUCUCAUGUUCGUUAUCAGAUGUUACAAGUGUGCCAUUAAUUCUUUGAAAAAUAAAAA